GUCGCGCCUCGCAACAACGCAAACUCUGCACCAUCCAGAUCAAAAUUCCCAACCACCGAUGACAGAUGCGUGGUGCAAACCGCCACCAUGAGUGCGUCAUCACCCAGAAAAGACCCCGCCGAGGGGCCGAAGCGCCCUCCGGAGGGCCCUUCCAGCCCCACUAGCCCUUCGCAGCCCCGCCUGCGCGACCGAGUCAGCUUCUUCGAGAAGGUGUGGACCGGCGGCGGUCGCUCGGGGGUGGUGGAGGCGGUGAGCGCCGCCGACGUCGAGGAGUUCGAACGCCGACUCGCCGAGGAGCGGUCCCGGAACCUGGAGCGGAACCGGCUGGAGCAGGUCACGCUGCGGCACACACCCACGCGAGUUCUGCACACAGAAGUGCAGCCGGAUGGCAGCAUCCAGGAAACGAUUACGACAACAACCGAAGAAGGCGAUCUCGCCUCUGGCGUAAAAACCGUAAAAUUCGAGAAAGUAACCGUCCGAAAAUCGGUUCGUCAGAUUUCCUCGACUUCCAGCACCACCACCAGCACCACCGUACGCAAAAUCAGCAGCCGCACACCCUCGGAGGAACAAUUGCUGGAAGAUUCAGCGUACGUAACACAAUCGAAUGGCAAUCUGGCAACCAGUUCGAAAACUUCGAGUAUAUCGAGCCUUGGGGGACGUUUUCCUUCGGAGGAGAGCCUAAGGAGGACGCCUUCCAGGGAGGGAUUGAAUCGGGACGAAUGGGACAAUGCCAGCAAUAGUAGUAAAGUGACUAGUUCUAGUUCGGAAUGGUACAGCGAGUAUAGGACUCAGAGUUUGCACAGUGGUACGAGCAAGUUGGAUUUUGUUAGGACCAAGUCGCAGUUUGAUGAGCACAUCGCUAGCAUUAGAGACGAACAAGAACGAGUCCAGAAGAAAACCUUCGUCAACUGGAUCAAUUCGUAUCUAUCAAAGCGAGUUCCACCGCUAAGGGUAGACGAUUUGAUCGACGAUCUUAAAGACGGAACCAAAUUGCUCGCAUUACUUGAGGUCCUUUCAGGAGAGAAAUUGCCUGUGGAGAGGGGCAGAAUCCUGCGAAGACCACACUUUUUAAGUAACGCCAAUACGGCCCUGCAAUUCCUUACCAGUAAACGUAUCAAAUUGGUCAAUAUUAACGCCAGCGACCUGGUGGACGGGAGACCACCGGUGGUCCUUGGCCUGAUUUGGACCAUCAUCUUGUACUUCCAGCUCCGCAAGGAACGGGAACUCAGAUGGAUUGAAGAAAACAGCCGCGCUUUGCAAUACCUAGCACAGUGGGACAGCUCCAGCAGUCUCGAGAGCGCCGGCACGAGCUCCUCCAAAGACAAAUGGAAGCAAGGAGCUCGCAAGACUCUUCUCCAAUGGGUCUCCAAUGCCCUUCCCAGCGAUUCCGGUAUAGAAAUCAAAGACUUCGGCUCGAGUUGGCGGGAUGGCAUUGCCUUCCUCGCCAUCAUCGACGCCAUCAAGAAAAAUUUGGUCAACAUGGCCGAGCUGAAGAAAGCUUCGAAUAAAACUCGUCUUCAAACGGCGUUCGAUGUUGCCGAAACCGAACUAGGUAUCACGAAACUACUAGAUCCUGAAGAUGUGGACGUUCCGAAACCCGACGAGAGAUCUAUCAUGACUUACGUAGCACAGUUCUUGCACAAGUACCCAGAACCUAAAAGCACAGGACCGGACGCUAUCGCAGCCAUACAGGAGGAAUACAGCGAGUUGCUGUCGUGGCUCAUGAAGAAGACUCAGUAUUUGGAACACUUACAACAAACGAAUUCGCUGCCGCUCAGCUAUUCGGAGUACUUGGCCUUCAAAGGGGAGGUCGACGACAAGGAAAAGGGAUUUAAUAAGUUGAAACAUUUAAUCGAAGGACAGGGUUUGAUUUCUAUCACGAAAGAAUCUUGGUACGAUAUUAGUAAAUUGUGGAGCAAGCUCCAGAAUCAGUUGCUUUAUUGGUUGUGGCUUUUGGACUCUCAAUUGCCUGGAGAUUUUAAGUUUGUGGGCGAAUGGCUAGCAAAAGCCGAAAAAAUGGUUUAUUGUGACGAAAUUCCCACUAUUAUGAACGAAGAGACUGCUUCUAUUAUUAGUAGGAAGUUAGAGGAACACAAGGCUUUCUUCGCCGAUUUGCCUACGGUACAAGAAAAGUUUGCUCAGGCUUGUCAGAGUCCUCUAGCUAGUGAAGUGCCUUCUGAACAGUUACAAAAUAUGGCUGUUAGACUGAACGAAAUUGGACCUAAAGCUGCUCAGCGACGAGUCAGACUCAAGUUCCUUGAACAUAAGUGUUGCCUUAUUGCAUUUUUGCAACUAACCGAGACCAAAUUGAAAGUAUGGAGUGGCAAAUAUGGACGCCUGGAAAAAGUCGUCCAACUUCUAGAACAGUAUCGCAAUUUUGUUUCGAAGAAUCACAUCUUCCAAGAGUUUACUAAAGCUUUCAUUGACAUGCAGGCUGUAGUUGAAGAAUAUAAGCGUGACGGAGGCAUUGACAAACGAGAGGCUGCUGAUAUCGACCGAUUCCUCCGAGAAACCGCCGACCGUUGGAAGAACGUCUCCAUGGAGCUGCGCUGCGUCCAAAGCAUGCUAGAAGAAGUGGUAGCAUAUUGGCGCCGUUGGGACUCCCUUUCUGGCGAGUUCGAAGAAUGGUUGAAGAAAGCCGAAAAAGCCCUAAACCUCCCCGAAGAAGAGAAAAUGGAAUUCUUCCAAGAUAUAAGCGUGUGGCGAGAUAAUUACCAACUCCUCGGAGACACAGUGAGCUUUUUGAUUGCCACCUGCGAAGACAAAAUCGCCAUCGAGCUGAAAAUCCGCUACCAAAACAUGACCGACCGAUGGGAGAAAUUGUAUCCUUUGGUCAACAAAUACAGCCACGCUGGUGAUUUACUACGGAAUCGAAAAGACUUCAGAGCGGGUGUCGAGAUCUUAUCCAACUGGUUAAGAAAAGCCGAAAGUAUUCUCAACUCGCCACAACUCGGUUCGACCGAACGCAUUAAGCAACACAUCGAAAACUUGAUGAAGCUUCAAAGCGAAGUCGAAGAAAUCGAAAAUUUGUUCAAGAAUGUGAGUAAAACCUUCCAGACUUUGAUCCAGGAUCUUUCCAGAGAGGACGUCGAUAAGAUGAUGUUGACCCUCAAGCACGAAAAAGAGAGUCUCGUGAAAGUCCGAGCACUUAUACCGUCACAAAUACAUACGUACAACCAACUUUUGGUCCAACAGGAGUCACUCGAAGCCGGGCAGAAAGACAUCAACAACUGGUUGAACAGCGCCGAAAGCUUACUCAGUAGUUUAAGUCUAGAAACUGAUAAAGACGCUUUAAAAGACCAAUUAGAUAAACUGAAACAAUUCUUCACUAGAACUUUAUACUACAAGUCAAUGUUAGAUAGUAAGAAUAAGGUUAUGGCUAAUAUAGUGAAAUCUGUGGACCAAACCGAAAACGUGGAUGUCGCUCAGAUGACUGCAAACAUGGAACAAUUGAACGACCGGUUUGCUUACGUUACACAGAACGCCCAGCUGUGGGAACAAAGACUCCAGGAAGCCAUCCGUUGUUGGUUUAACUUCUCCGAGUGCGAACGAGUCAUCUCCAACUGGUUGAACACAGCUGAGAAACUCAUCGCUGAGAAACGAAUCGACAGCAAGGAAGUCGUCGAAGAACACAAAAACUUCUUCCAAAGUGUGAACGAGAGAUGGAUCCACGAUCUGGUGCAAAGCGCACAAGACUUAUGCGCGUGUCUUCCCAAAGACCAACACAAACAGAUCUUGGCGUCAGUGCAUCAACUCCAAAAUAAAUGGAAAGAGAUACUUUCGUUUGCGCCUCUGCAUUUGAUGAGACUCGAAUUCCGCCUAGAUGAAACCACCUUCAACUACUAUAUUAAAGAAAUCGAGAAGGAAAUCAGUACUGAGUAUAUCGCUUUCAGUAAACAAGAGAAUCUCGAGUCGAUUAUGACGAGGAAUAAGCAGUUCUUCGGUCCCCAGGGACCGAUGACCGAGACUUACCGAUGUCUGGAGAAUUUGAAGACGAUUUGCGAAACGUAUUCGACACACCACCCAGGGGAUAAGAGUAUUGUUGAGUCUGUGGAGAAGGCGGAACAACAGUGGACGAGUCUCAACAGCAAAGUCGAGAAUUUGAGGCAACAGUUGGACCAGAUUCCGGAGAAGUGGGAUCGGUAUAAUCAACGAUUUGACGCUAUGGUGAAGUGGAUGGAUGAAGUCGACAACACUUUGAAGAACAUCUUUAACGACAUUAACACUAUGGAAGAGUUCGAGAGAGAGAAGGCGAUUUUCCAGAACAUCUGCAAGGAAGCCGAUUCUAAACGCGAAGAUAUGAAAUGGCUUGUGCAAACACUCGAUUCUUUAGCAUCCCAUUGUCCUGAAAGCCAAGCUCACACCGAACAAAAGAAGCUAGAAGCUUUGAUAACGCGUUAUAAAAAUUUGAUACCCUCCCUUGAAAUAACUAUGGUUAAAACCGACACUCUUUCUAAAUGUUACACUUACCGAAGAGAUGUUAAAGAAGUUUGUAAUUUGCUCAAGCGUGUUCGCGAACAAUCGAAACGGGAAGCACAACCUCACAGCCUUCAAAGUGUGAAUGAAUUGAUCAAACACCAGGAAGUGGCAAUUACACAACUCGACCAACAAAGACCUCAUAUUAUGUCCAUGUUACAAAAGGGUAAAGAAUUGAUUAAAGACAGUAACGCUCCGCCUUUUGUUCAAGAAGAAGUGAAAAUAUUAGAGAGUGGGUGGACGGAAACUUAUGAUGAAACCGUCGAGCGACUUCACAAGUUGUUAGGAACACAACACUUGUGGGUUAACUACUCCGAACAGAAACAAGAGAUUAUAGAACUUCUUCAGAGAGCCGAACAAGAACUGAGACGGAUUUCUCCGAGUCAGUACAACUCUAGUAACCUUCCGGCUGAGUUGUUAGCCAAACAAGAAAUGGCGGUGCGUCUACGUGAAGCCACUGAAGAAAUGCUUCGCAGAUUGAGAGAUUUGUCGCAGAAUUUGGGUAAAGUCGCCCCAACUGAUCAACCAUCAAUCGAAAAAGAGGUAACCGAAAUUGAACAUCGAUUGAGUACCACUCUGGAGAACGUCCAAGAACGUGUUGUUUUCUUGGAACAGUACAACACGAAAUGGGUCGACUUCCAAAGCAAACUUGGAGAGUUGCAAAACUGGACGGUACAAAACGCCCCUCAGUUGUUAUCAGCUGUACAAGAAGAAAACAUCGCUCCAGAGGAACGCGUCUCUAAAACAACCCUCCUCCAGUCGGAACUGUGCCACAAAAUCAAUCUUUUAGACCAACUGAAUGCAGAAGCAGGUAAUUUGAUGAUCCAAGACAACCCCGACGUGCGACAACUCCAAGCCCAAGUAGUAGAAUUACAAGACCGUGUAGUCGCUAUUAACAAAAAUGUGGAAACUCAAGCAGCCGCUGUUGCUAAAGACAUGAAAAACUGGCAGGUGUACCAGUCGAACAUCCACGAGAUUAAACCCUGGAUCGAAAAAUCGGAAACCCGAAUCCAGAUGGGUGUACCAAAACCGGCAACCCUAGAAGAGGCAAUCGCUAUGCAAACCACCAACAAAGAAUUCGCAAAAGAGUGUGACUUACAAUUCGGUAAACUUCAAGGCAUAGCGAAUUUGAGUCAACAAAUCACCUCCAGAACGCACGCACCAGACGAAAUCGAUGCUAUUCACACCAGGUGGACCAUAAUCAACGACACCGCAAACCAGUGGGGUCAGAAAAUCGAAAAAGUCGUGGUAACGUGGCAGGAUUUCGACAAAAACGCUAAAAACUUAGAAACCUGGGUCGACCAAAAGCAGAAAUCUCUCGCCGAGCGAAUCAUCAAUCUAAACACACCUCACGUCGACAAACUAGAGAAGGAAUUGGCUAAACUCAAAGCUUUUAAUAAUGAGAUUUCGGAACAACAGGCGAAAGUUAUUGCGUUGACACAAAGCGCGGAUUCCAUAAGUCACCACGUUAAUCCCGAGGGAGGGGUUGUGGUUAAAGGGAAGGUGCAAGAGUUGAAGGGUCAAGUGGGCCAACUAGCCGAAGCCGUUAGGGCGAAGAUUAACGAAGUGUCAGACGCGAUUUUAGUUAAACACGAUUUCCAAACGAAAAUGAUUGAUUUCACGAAUUGGGUCGAUCAAUUUAAGAGUAACGUGGGGCAAAUUGAUCAAAUCCCAUCUGAUAAGGUCGAGACGGCGCUGAUUAAUGUGCACGCUUUAAUGCAGGAACAUUCCGAGAAACAACCGGUUUUCAACACGAUUUAUGGAGAAAUUAAGGAGAUAACGCUGCAAGCGGCACCGGAUGAAACCCAAACUUUGAAUCAAGAGUACAGCACUUUGGUGGAAAAUUACCAAGAUGUGGAAGACAAACUUCAGAGUAAGAAGUUGGCACUUGAGAAAUGGGGGGAUUUGAUUAAUUGGCACGGGGAGACUUUGAGUCAGUUGAACCAUAUUAAAUAUCAGCUAGACAGCGGGAAAGUUUCUCCAGAUAACCUUCCGAAGCUUCUUCAAGAAACGGAGACUAUAAUCACGAAAAUCACCACAUGGAAGCAAACAGCUCCUGUUAUCGACAAUAUGAAAGACGUUGUUAUUCUGGAUAAGCAAACGGGUUUGCCUAGAAGUGCUGACCACAUGGUUAGAGACGUCGAAGUGAGGGCGAUUAAUCUCAAAUCGCAACUUGCAGACAAGCUGGACAACGUCCAGAAGGUUAAAGCGCACUGGAAGCAGUUCGAAGACCUCCAAGCUAAAGUGAACGAUGGAUUGCGCCAAAAUGAAACCAAACUGACUGGAAUUUUGAGCCAAGUACGAACCUCACACGAUCUUCCACAAGCUGUAUCAGACUUGAACCAACUACUCGACGACCAGAUUGAAAAAUCACCAAUCAAAGAAGAGCUGCGGAAGGAAGCUUUACAACUAAUGAAGGAAGACAUACAGAACGUUUCAGUCAUCCAGAAUGCUAUUUCCGAAAUCGAAUCCAACUGGAACAAAGUCAAUGAAGAUAUAAAAGAACAAAAACUGAAACUAUCUGACACUAUUUUCGCCUGGAAUGACUUCCAAGAGGCCAAAGAUCGAGUGAUUAAAGACAUAGAGCGAAUUGAACACAUCGUGGAAGGGUUAGAAGUACCAAACGACCUAAUCCAAGCCAACAUGAAUAGCGAAAAGGCGAAAAAAGCGCUAGAUGCUUUAAAGAAAACCAAGACUAAUUUAGACAGAGUCGACCUUAAAGGUCAAGCGAUUGUUAAGAAAGCUGACACAAUCCCCGAAAUCGAAAGUGAGGUUCGGAGCGAAAUCCAAGAAGUCCACGAGGUGUGGUCUAGUGUUUACGAAAAAUUAAUGAACGUUGCGCAAACAGCCGAAUCGCAAGCUACGAUUUGGAAACAUAUUGAAGACACUAAGAACAGUUUGCUUCAGUGGUUGGGCGAACAAAACACGAUUCUAGCUCUAGCGGCAGAAAAACCGAACGAAGUAGAAGCAGCGAAAGCAAAAUUUGCUAAAUACCGCGAAGAGUUACCAGCUCAUCAGAGACUAAAUCAGAGUAUACCGACAAAAUAUGCCCAACUAGUCAAACUAACAGAUGGUAAAGAAAUUCCAACUCUGCAAUCGCUGGUCAAACUUUUGGAAGAUCAGUUCAGAGAUGUGGAAGCCAAUGCGCAGAAACUCGAACUAGUUGCGUCUAAAUAUGGCAGCAAAGAACAAGAAAUUAGAGAUGAGAUUAAAACAGUUGGUACUAAGAUAUCGGGUCUGCGUGAAGGCAUAAUCAAGUGUGAGGAUUUGUCCGGUGACAACGAAAAGAUUUUGGAGAGGUUGUUGACAGUCCGGCAACUAAAGAGCGAAGUUUUGGCUUCUGAUGGAGAUAUUAGGAAAAUCGAUCACGAAAUAGAGCAAAUGAAGUCGUCGUACCCUACAUUCAAUGAAAGUAAUAUACCGAAAGAACAACAGUUGUUGAAGAAGAGAUUCGAAAGCAUUAUCGUACAUUCAAAUAAGAUUGAAAAUAGUCUUUUGAGUUUCUUGAAGAAGUUCCACAAUGAGAAAUACGGUGCUCUGCAACGAAUUAUCGCUACUCAUAAAGAGAAAAUUCAGUGGUGUCUGCCAGAACCCGCAAGCGAUAAAUAUAACCUCGAGGUAAAACUAAAAUCGUUGGUACCUAUUCAAAAUGCUUUGGAAGAUUGUGACAAACGACGUGUCGAACUAGUAGAGUCUCUAGUGUUACUAGAAAAAGUAGAAUCGCCAGAAACCAUCAAGUUGCUGGUUGCCGAAAAGGAUCACGUAUUUUUGGACCUCGAUAACCUUAAAGAAAACUACUACAGUACUAAAGCUCUCCUUGAAAGAAACAUCGUUUUACACGAACAGUACGAAAGCCUCAGCGAAACCAUCUCCAGCUGGUUGAAAGAUAUCGAAAAUAGAGUCAAAGCUGAGAGUACCACCCAAAACGACUUAAAUUCAGUGGAUGCUAAAAUUAACGAAAUAGAAAAACUCCAGACUGAAGUACGCGACUACGAAAGCGAAAUCCAGAAGUUGGUACCUCUAAGUGAAAAUUUGGUGAAAGAAGUACCGGAAUCCCGCGUGGGUCAGUAUGUCCAACAUUUAAAUACACGUUAUCAAACUGUGUCAAAGUUCUUAAUAAACUACCUAGAGAAGUUGCACGAACUUAACAGAUACAAAGACUUGUACAGAAAAAGCAUACAGGAUGUUGAAGCGUGGUUAGUUCAAGCUGAAGAAAAAGUGAAGACUUUCUCAGAUUUUACAACGAGACCCAACCAAGCCACUCUCCAAGAACUCAAAAAUUUUGCUAGCGAAAAAGAAAAAGGUCAGUUGCUUUUGGGGAAAGCUGUAGAGCAUGGAGAGGCACUCUUUUCAGGAAUCACACCUGAAAAUAGAGACGCCAUUCGUACUGAAUUGAGAAACUUGAGGGAUAAGUCUGAAGCGUUGAUCGACAAAGUUAACAAUAUUUACAAGCAAGUGGAAGGAAUUUUGCUGCAGAGACACUCCUUUGAUGAUAAUUUAACACAGGUGAAGUUGUGGAUUAGCGAUGCUGAGAGUAAGUUAGGUCCUGAGAUGAAAUUAGAUGCCACUUUGGCCGAAAAGAAACAAACUUUACACAACUAUAAAACUCUGGCUCAAGACGUAAAUCUUCACAAAAAUAUUUUGAAACAACUACAGGAUAAGAUUGGGCAGUUAGCAGACGCUGACGCGGAGUCAAAGCUGGAUGAGAAUUUAGCCAAUUACAAUAAGCUAGCUCAAGAAGUGAAUAGCCGUAUCGAGUUAGUUGAAGAUUUUGUAGCCAAUCAUGAAGCGUACAAUCAGGCUAUAGAGAAAUGCCACGAUUGGUUGAGUGCUUUAACGUCAGAAGCUGCUCUUUUAGUUGACGAGUCUUCGACGGAACCACCCGAAGCCAAAUUAGCUAUGGUUGAAAAUCUACUAGCACAGAAAGUCGAAGGUGACAAAAUCAUCAAUUCUUGUAAGCAACAACUGGAUAUUGUUUUGACACAAACUGCACCUUCUGGUCAUCCUCAACUAAUCAACAGCUUCGCAGACCAAGAGAAGUCGUGGCGACUGUUCUUAGAGUUGUGCUCAGACGCUCAAGAGAAACUCCAAAGUAUCCAUUCUCAGUACGCCGAAAUCGAGAAACUAAUUCAAGAUUUGGAAACUUGGUUGAGACAAAAGGAAGCACAAGCAAAGGAUCAGAGUUUGAAGAGUACGGAAGAAACCAAGAGAGCGCAUUUGGAGAAGUUGAAGAGCUUGGAGAAGGAAGUUCUAGGAAAAGAGAGCGACUUUUCUAACGUUAACGAACUGGCGAGUAACGUCGAAGGCGACGUUAAAGUUUCUCAAUUACUGACGAGGUACCAAUCUCUCAAAAACAUCUUAAGAGAGGCUAUUAACAGAUAUAAAGGAUUUGUGACUGAGCAUCAACGUUUCAAUGACGAGUACACAGAAUUUGUCCAGUGGUUGUCAGACAAAGCCGAAGAACUAUCCGAUUUGAGUCACAUAGUCGGCGAUUUGGACAUUCUCCAAAACCGCCAGAAAGAAAUCAAAAAUUUGAUUGACGCUCGCAACUUGAAGAGCGAACAGUUUGAAAAUUUGAUCGAAAAUGGAGAGAAACUCUAUGCUCAUACGUCGCCAGAUGGUAGAGAAAUAAUUCGACAACAACUUAGGAAUUUAAGAACGAUUUGGGAUAGUUUUACGGACGAUCUCCAAACUGCUACAAACAAACUGGAUCAGUGUUUGGUGCAAUUCUCUGAUUUCUCGUCAACCCAAGAACAGUUGACGAAAUGGUUGAAGGAUGUCGAAAAAGCGAUGCAACAACACACUGAAUUGAAAACAACUCUUCAGGAGAAAAGAGCACAGUUGCAAAAUCACAAAAUUAUGCACCAGGAGAUUAUGUCGCAUCAGCAGCUUGUAGAGUCGGUUUGUGAUAAAGCUCAACAGUUGGUAGAUCAGACUCAGGAUAGGUCGUUGAAUGUGUAUCUUCAAUCAAUUAAGCACCUAUUUUUGAGCAUUGUGAGUAAAUCUGAGGAGUUGUUGACGAACUUGGAGGAUUGUGUGGAGAAGCAUAGUCAAUAUAACCAACAAGUGGCAGCGUUCAAGGACUGGCUUGGGGAACAAUCGGAUAAGUUGCAGGAGUAUAAUAUAAUCAGUGGAGAAAAAACAGAAGUCGGUAAGAGAAUAACUUACAUUAAGAAUUUGAAAGAAAACAAUGAAGAAGAGGGAGAUAAACUUUUGGAAAAUCUGAAGCAACAUUUCAUCGUUGUUGCUAAAAGUACGGCACCUAAAGGUGUAGAGCUGUUGAAAAAAGAGCUUGAGGACUUAUAUGGGAUGCUAAGUCAGCACUUAGAAGACACGGACAACGUUGUCGAAAAACAAGAAAACGCCAUCAAACAGUGGCAGGAAUUCGAAUCCGAUCUGGAAAAUCUCAAUCAAUGGUUCAAGAACACAGAAGUUAAGUUCAGGGAUCAGUCACUACAAGCAACACUUCCUGAAAAAGAAAAUCAGCUGAAACUCUUCUCGAAAGAUCGUGAAGUGGUGGCUGCUAAAGAAAAGGAAAUUGAUCAUUUCGUCGACAAAAGUCAUGCACUUCUCCAUACAAGCGGCGUCCAAAGAAUCAAGCCUUUGGUGUCUCAAAUUAGCAACCGCUAUCAGACUUUGCACACUUCCACCAAAGACGUGAUCAAUCGUUGGCAGAGCAUAGUCGACGAUCACCAGAAAUACCAAAACAAACUAGACGAAACGUCCAAUUGGUUGCAACACCUAGAAGACAACUUGGCGGUUUUGCAAAAGGGUGAACUGUCAUCGCAACCUGAAGCCUUAACCAAUCGACUUCAGGUGUUACUAAGCGAAAAAGAUCAAGGUGAACACAAAAUCAACUCUCUGACUUUACUCGGGGAACGAAUUCUCCCAGAAACGGCAACUCAAGGUCGUGAAAUCAUCAGAAGUGAGUUAAGGGAGAUCCGAGAGAGAUGGGAUAGAUUGGCCGAAGGUAUCAAAGAGCAGCAGAAGUUGCAAGACGCUCAAAGUUUGCAACUGUCGAGUUACCAAGACAUGUUGCAACAGACUCUGACGUGGUUAGACAUUAUGGAAAAACAAAUCCAAGUUGAUCCCUCGACGUGGGUAUCAAUCCAAGAAGUGCGGUCAAAACUUCUCAAACAUAGAACCAUCCAUCAAGAAAUUGUCAGCCAUAAGAGGAUCAUCGAUGGUGUUACCGAGAAGGCCCAAACCCUUGUCCAGUUGACCAACAACAAAGACAAAACCGCCGAAGUUGAAGAGAGUAUCAAGUCGAUUAAUGACCGCUACAAGAACUUGGUGCAAGCGGUUCAGAAGAAUCUCAAACAACUUGAUAAUUGCUUGGAGGUCUACCAGCAGUUCUACGACUUGCAGAAAGCGCACCAAGACAACCAGAAGCAACUAUGGGAUAGACUUAACAGUUAUUCCGAUUUGAGUGGCAACAAGCAAGCUCUACAAGAACGUCUUGACAAUGUUAUCGACAUUCAUGACCACCUACCGGAUAGCAAUAUCAAACUAAGAGAAUUAGAAGAACACGUCAACACUAAAAUCUCGAUUUUGCCUGGAAGGGCGCAGGAAAAUAUGCACCGUGACGUUGCUAAUUUGAAAUUCGACCAAGAGAAGUUCAUUGCGGCUUUGGUCGACAUAAAGUCCGGUUUAGAAGGUCGCUUGAAGCUAUGGAACGACUACGAGGAGUCGUUAGAGAAACUCCUAUCAUGGUUGGCCGAUGCCGAACUAGCACUGAAGAACUACAGUCUCAAAAACACCGUAGAAGAAAAACAGGAGCAGUUAGAAAAAUAUCAGGAUCUGACUAGGUUGAUUGAUUCACGUAGUAGGGACGUGAAGGAUUUCGUUGUAAUCACUGACCAUUUGGAGCAAGCUCUCAUCUUGAAUCUCAGACAAAACGAAGUCGAAUUUGAUAAAAUGUCUGACGAUUCCACUGAACUGGUCCAGAGUAGCGGCGACAGUCGGAUUUCUGUCAACGUCCAACAGAUUUCUUCGCGUUUCCAGUCGGUUCAAGCCACUGCUAAAGAAGUCGUGAAGAAGUGUGAACAAAACGUGGCGGAUCAUCGCCUCUACAUCGACAAAUACCGCCAGUGCUCCGACUGGAUCGUCGCAGCUCAAGCCAGGUUCGACACUUGCAAGGAGAACAUCAAGAAAGGGGCGCGCAAUAUUCUCACCGAACAAUAUAAAGUUCUUGAGGAGUUGCUAUCGCAACAAACUAGUGCUUCGCUUCUUUUGAACAACACUAUCGAACUCGGAGAGAAGCUCUACCUGAGCACCGCUCCAGAAGGCCGCGAAGUCAUCAACAACCAACUCCAAGAGCUUCAGCAGGCCUUCGAAGCCCUGUUCGAUGGCAUCAAUAGCACUGAUCGUGAAUUGAAAGCCAAACUCACAAGAUGGACCGGGUUUGAAGAGUGCGCUAAAAACAUCCGCACUUGGUUGAAAGAAGUCGAUUUACCUCAAGAACUCGAGCUUAAAGCUAACUUAGAUGAGAAACGAGCUCAGCUUCAAAUUUACCGCACUUUGUUGCAUGAUGCUUUGGCGCAUCAACAGGACGUUGUCGAUUUACGUGAUAAAGUCGAGAGUCUUCCUGAACGCAACGAGAGCAUCGACCAACAGUUGAAUUCGAUUAUGGAACAACACGACAAGUUGUUGAAACGAGCACAGAAUUUCGUCGAACGGUACGAAAACAUAGUGAGCGACCAUCAAGAGUACAGCAAGGUUGUGGAAAAUGCGAAGGAGUGGAUGAAUGCAACUCUUACAACCGUGAAUACCUUGGGAGACUUGGAUUUAGAAAGAAUCUCGUUACAUUCGAACCUCGAGCGCUUGAAAAAUAUACAAAAUAGUCUUCCGGAUGAAGAGAGCAGAAUCGAGAAGGUUAAGACUUUGGGUGACCGAGUCAUUUCCGGUACCAUUGAUUAUGGACAGCCGGCGAUUAGGUCGCAGAUUGAUAAUUCUCAACAGGAAUGGGCUGCUCUGGUUUCGGCGAUAGCGCAAAUCAUAGCCCAACUGGAAACUAAACUAGAACACUGGUCGGAAUACGAAACAUUGAAGGAACAAUGUCUGGCCUGGAUUCGUGCCAUGGACAAUAAAUUGCAUUCUGUAGACUUAAAAGCAACAGCACCUGAAAAGAAAGCGCAGCUUGAGGCUUUGAAAACCCUUCAGGGUGAAAUUCGGGCUAAAGAACUGGAAAUUGACGCCGUCACCGAAAAAGCGCAACAAGUAAAUAAAGCUUUAUACAACAGAAACUCCCAAAUAUCUGAACUAGGAGUGAAGUACCAACAAGUCUGCCAGAAAGUCAAAGAUCUGACAAGCCGUUGGCAACACUACGUCAACAGUCACCAAGACUUCGACUCCAAAAUUAGUUCCUGCGAACAAUGGCUUGGCGACAUUAAUGACAGACUAACAUACUGCUCUGACAUCGGUUCCGCUAACCAAAAGGAACUCGAGCAAAAACUCGAAGCUGUCCAAGAACUCAUCCUAUCGAAAGAAGAAGGUUUUGCCAAAAUUCAAAAUUUGGUAGAACUCGCACAAACCGUGUUGGCCAACACUUCUCCAAACGGACACGAUACCAUCAAUCAAGCUCUUGCCAAUAUCCAAGAAUUGUGGUCAAAUCUAGCUUCACGCAUGAUCGAAACUAAGACACUAAUAGACGAAGCUUUGACCAAAUGGGCCGGUCUUUUGGAACAAAUUCGCGACUUCGACAAAACGGUCGAAUGGGUGGAAGCGCAAUUGAAAGAACUGUCGGUACUACAAGCAACCGCAGCUGAAAAGAAAACCCAACUCGACCAAAUCAAGAACCUCGAAGAAAAAGUUAGAUGCGAGAAAAUCGAAAUCGAUAAUCUUAAAUCGAUGGCAUCUCAAGUACUAAGAAGCAAGAAAGCCGACCAACAAGACGCGCAAAGAAUUUUCGACAGAUUCAAUGAGUGUUUCCAGAAGAUUACCAAAUUGUUGCAUGAUAGAGAGAAUCAGUACCGUGACCACAAGACGUACAAAGAAGCGUACGAUGAAGUACAGAGGUGGAUGACUCGUGCCCAAGAAAAGGUACCUCAGUUGAAACAAAGACCUCUAGGGGAGAAACUAACAAUCGAGAACUUCUCUGGACCUUUGGACCACCUUCUGAACAAACAAGCUCAAGGAGAAGUGCUUUUAGAAAAUCUUGAACACGCAGCUCAGGUUGUUCUACCAAAUACGAGCAUCCAAGGACAAGAAUUAAUAAAGAAUGAUAUCAGAGCUUUGAGAGAAAGCUUCGAAAGACUGUUCAAGGACCUUCAGCAACAACGCGACCAACUGGAAGUUGUCAUUCAGUACUAUCGUGACUACCGGGACGACUACGAGCGCAUUUCUGACUGGCUACAGCAAAUCGCUAUCUUAAUUAAGAGUCAAAAGAUUGCGCUUUUCGGUAGUUUGUCCGAGAAAGUCAAACAAGUCGAUGACGUUAAAGACAUUUUGAAGAAACUCGACGAUGGAAAAACUCAAAUCGACCAGUUGAACGAAACAGCGAAAAUUCUACUUAAAUCGCCUCUCGAAAUUCACGUUAACAACCAGUUGCAACAACUCAAUUCACGGUACCAAGUGGAACUCAACUUAGCCAAAGACGUUUUGAAGAAAGUGGAGACCAAUCGCGACCAACAUAAAGAAUACUCAGACAAUUUAGAAAAGAGUCGUGGAUGGAUCGACGAAGCUCGAGAAUUGAUCAGAAAUUGUUCAGAAGCAGCUUCUAAUAGUAGCAAAGAUGUACUACAGUCUCACUUGACUAAAAUCCAACAACUGAUACAACGACGCGAAGAAGGUCAAAAUUUGAUUCACGCGACUGUCAACUGUGGCGAAAAAGUACUCCGAAAUACACGAUCAGACGGAAGAGAAUUCAUUAAUAACGAACUUAGAGAGAUUCAAGGCGACUGGGACCGAAUCGUGAAGAAAAUGUCCACGGUGAAGGUCCACUUAGAAACGGCUUUGCUUCAAUGGGCCGACUAUGACAGUUCUUACACUCAGUUACAACAAUGGAUUACUGAUCGUGAAGCUAAAUUACAACAAGUUUCCGAAUUGAAGGUCGUAAAAAUCAACAAGAGUCAAACCGGGUUGAGUUCGUUACCUAUCGGAGAAAGAAAAGCAACCCUCCGAGAAACAGGAAGCAUCGUCCAGGAUAUUGUUUCCUUCGAACCCAUGAUCCAGUCAGUAACUUCUAAAGCAGAAGACUUGAAGCAAGCAGCUCCUGCCUCUGAAAUUUCCACCAAAUAUGAAAGUCUCUCAAAACAUGCCAGAGAACUGUACGAAAAGCAGAAAGAAACAGUGGAACAACACCAAGCCUUCGUGGAUGCUGAUAACGAGUUCGUUCAGUGGAUACGUCUUGCGAAAGAACGGUUGAGCAAGUGUUCGGAACCUACAGGUGACAAAGAAAGUCUUGGAAGUAAAUUAUCGCAGCUCAAAGCUCUCCAGAACGAGCUCCCCGAAGGGGAGAAAAAAUUAGAAAACGCGUUAGAACAAGGAGAUAAAGCUUGCCAAUACGCAGAGGAUGAAGAUCGUGAGAUAAUUGAAGAAGAAGUCGGUUUGUUGCAAGAAGAGUUUGACACGUAUGUUGAAUGCUUGACUAGUACGAGGAAUUUGUUGGAGGUGGGUAUUGUCAAGUGGACCGAAUACGAAGAACAGUACCAAGAAGCACUAGAUUGGUUAGCUCAGACAGAAAACUUGGUGCAGUCGUACAACAAGCUUCAAGAUAGUUUGGAAGAGAAACGUGCAGUUCUGGAGCAGUUCCAGUUGCAGUUACAGACAGUUUUUGACUGGCAGUCGGAACUAGAUCGUCUCAAUAUGAAAGCACAAGUUCUAUUAGAAACAUGUGCAGAUACUAGAAUCAGUAACGCCGUGACUCAGCUUUCCACCAAAUAUAACGCUAUUUUGUCACUAGCGAAAGAGGUAAUGCGCCGGUUAGAGUUACACUAUCAGGAACAUCAACAACACAGUACUCUGUAUCAAGAGUGUCAAGACUGGAUUGAUCGUACCAGAGAUAAACUCAACACUUGUCAAGAAAUCCCGAACACUCUACCUGAAGUCAACAGUAAGUUACAAGCAGUGAAAAACAUACGAACAUCUUUAGAACAAGGACAGAACAAGUUGCGUUACAUUGCUGAGUUGAAGGAGAGAGUAAUCAUGAACACAGAACAAUCAGGAGCUGCUAAAAUCCAAGAAGAUACAGAAAAUCUGAAACAAGAUAUGGAGAAGUUGUUAAAUGAUGUACAAGAAGCGCGUAAUAAACUAACAAAUCGUGCUGCACAGCUGGAAGAAGUCGCCAAACUUCACGCUAUGUUGUUGGAUUGGUUACAAGAUAUAGAACACCAGGUACAAUCCGACGAUGAAUUCUUGAACGACCUGAGUGAGAAAAAAGCAAAACUGGAGAAGUUCAAAGUCGUACAAAAAGAAAUAAAAACCCACAGUGACUUAGUCGACAAACUGAAGAGUAAACUAAAUGAAGACGCAACUUUGAAGAGCGAUGAUUACGAAAAUUCGUUCAAAAAGUACGACGGUUUGAAAGAGUUGGUGAACAAAUCAAUCAUCGACUUGGAAAAACAAGUAGGUGACCACGAACAAUACAGAAGUUCGUACAAAAACGCAAUGGAACUUAUCCGAAAGUCAUGCGUUGAAGCCCAAACGUGUUCUGAUCUUCACGACGAACUUGAAAAGAUCCUACAAAAGGAGGCAAAGAUAACAGAAAUCUCGAGUUGGUUGCCUGAAUGCGAUAACCUAGUCCACAGAACCAUCGAAUUGAGUAUCUUAGUCAUGAAGACGACUGGUGAAGAAGGCAAAGACACCAUCAAACAAGAAAUCGAACAACUCAACAUGGACUGGGAAGGCCUUCACCUGAUUUGUAACGAAACUCAAAAAUCUAUCACUAAGUGUAAAGAAGCCUGGAAGGAGUUCAAGACUAACUACGACAAGAUGAAGAAAUGUAUAGACAAUUUCCAACAACGUGUAGACACAGAGAACGAAAACGACAAGAAAACACCUGAAGAUCUGCAAAGGUGUCGCCAGCUUUUGGACGAAAUCGUGUCUGAGAAACCUAAUUUAGAAACAUUGACUGAUUCUUGCGAGGCUUUAAUGGAACUAAGCGCUGUGGGUUGGGUUCGUGAUAAAACUGUCCAAUUGCAAACAGCCUACACCAACUUGUUAACCAACGCUCAGACUCUCGUUUCCAAAAUUGAAAAGAACCUCUCCGACCAUACAGAAUUCCUCAAAGUCAAAAAGGAGUUGGAAGAGUGGUUGCACUCCUCUCACAAGAGCGUCCAAGACUGUAUAGGAGUGGGAGACGAAAACAGCAUUCGCGAAAAACUUGAAACCAUCAGAAUAAUCGCGGCUAAAACUCCCGAAGGACAGAAACUUCUGACUAAACUCCAAGACGCCUUCUCCAAAGCUAUCAACACAAGUCUGCCUGAAAAACAAGACGUUCUGCGCGAAAACAUGACCACUUUGAGGAACAGUUGGGACCAACUCAGUAUGGAUUUGACUUCGAUUCAAGCUCAACUGAAAGGGGCUUUGAGCCGAUGGGACGACUUUAACGAAACCAAGAGGCGUUUGCAAGACUGGUUGACUCAAACUGAUCGAAUUUUGAAAGAGAAACCACACACGAAAGGGGAACUCAGCGAGAUGAAAACUUUGCAAGAACGUUACAAGAACUUGCAGCUGGAAAUCAAGAACAAACAAGGUGAUUUGAAUAGGUUGAAAGAAGAAGCGAUUGAGUUGAGUUCUUGGGCUAAGCAGCCGAGAGUUUUGGAAGAAGUGAAGCAAUUACAAGCGCUUUAUGAUAAUUUGAGUUCCACUUGUGACGCUCAGAAGGAGAGAUUGGAAGGCGAAAUACAAGAAUAUAACAACUACCAUCAAAGUUUGCAAGAAACGGAGAAGUGGUUGUUGCAGAUAUCCUUCCAGUUGAUGGCACACAAUUCCUUGUAUAUAACUAACCGCGAACAAACUGAGGAACAGUUAGCCCAACACGAGGUAUUGUUGAAGGAGAUUCAGAAUUACCAGAAAACUUUAGACGAUGUGAAAGCUAAAGGCCAUGGUCAGAUCGAGCGCUAUGUAAAGGAAGCUCCAGCUAUUAAAGAUACGAUUGAAAAACAACUGAGCAACGUGCAAGAGAGUUACAACUCUUUGCUUCAAACAGCCGUUCAAAUCAAGAACCGAUUGGUGGACUCUUUGGCUAAAUUUAAAGAGUACGAAGACACUUUGGAGAGUAUUAUGCAGAAUUUGGACGAAUACGAACCCAUUGUUAGUGAAGAAGUUGAAAAGGAGGCGGAAAGUCUCGAGGAGGCUCUAAACCAGCUGGAAACAGCCAAAUCUCUUCACAAUAAACUUCAAGGCGAAAAAUCCCGCCUCGCUCUUGCUGUCCAGGCUUGUGAAGCAGCAACAGCUUCGAUUAGUCGUCCGAGUAGUCCUCGCGACACUCUUCCUCCCCCUGUGCCGAUCAAAGAACUAGAAUGUAGAGCUCGCUUGGAAGACCUUAUCGAUCAGACGCACAAUGAAUCAGCAUGCUCGGAAGAUUCCAAAUUGAGAAUGCUUGUGGAUGAACUUGAAAAGCGUGGUUUUAUUAAAAAGUUGCAUAACCAAGUCGAUAAGGUGCAAUCUCACCUCAGCAACCUGACAGCUUCAGUUGCUGAGUUUGAAGAAAAAGACAAGUAUAGAGACGGACUGAAAAGCUGGAUCGUGAACCAGAAGAAUCUGGUGACGGAUUGGAAGAACAAACCCACGAAAUUGAGAGCCGAUGCCGCUAAGCAAGAACUCAACAAUAUGAACGAUUUAAUGGCGGCGGUAGACCAACGUCGAAUGCAGCUCGUUACAGACUACGCCAGUCCUAAAAACGCGCCGCUUGAACACAUGUUAGACGAACUAGAAAACGACCUAUCGGCCACAAUAGCAGCGAAACAAUCCAACAACGAAAUCAUAGAUGAAUACAGACAGAACGUCCAAGUCAUCAACAACUGGUUCGAUAAUCUCGUUAAGAGAAUCGACGCUAUAGACAAGGGCUCGGGUUUGAACUGUCAACAAAAACAAGCCGCUGUUGUCGAACUCCAAGCCGAAUUCGAAGACCAAGGCCCGAAACGAAUGGACGAAGUGAAACGUUUCGCCGGACAAGUUUUAGAGUUCGUCAACAACUUAGACGCCCAACAGGUCGAAGAACAAAUGAAAUCGAUCGAGCGCCGGUACAACGACAUCGGAAAACGUCUCCAGAGAAAAUUACAAAUCUUGGACAUGACCCGAAAGGGAAUCGAUGACACACGCAAUGAAAUCGAGAAUGCUCGUGACUGGGUUAAAGAUCGUUAUUCGGAGCUGCAAAGACCGCCGCCUUUGGGUUUCGAGAGCCGCAAAGCCGAAGAUAAACUAGGCGCUUUGAAAGGAUUGCUAAAAGAAGCAGAUAACAAGUUAGUAUUGAAAGAAACUCUGAUGAAACGUGUCGGAAAUAUGACAAAUGAGUUAGAACCUCCGGAACAACAACAGCUAGAGUCGGCUUUGAGAAACUUGGGGACGGAGCAGGAACAGCUAGUUGAAAAGAUCAAGUCGGAAAUUGACCGAGUGAACGCCGCCGCUAACACCCGACGCAAUCUGGAACAAAAUCUAGAGAAAGCUAAAGCGUGGCUGAAGGCAAAGAAUGCCGAAAUACACAAACUGAGCGGCUACUUACCGCUGAAAGCCCGACAAGUGGAAGAGGAAAUCGCCCAACACAACAUCCACGAAAACGAAAUCAAAGAAUUCAACGAAGGCGACUUGAACGAUUUGCUUAAACUAGGAAGCAGCGUUUUGAAAGAGUGUGACGACAAAGAUCGAGAGCGUCUUCAAGCCUUACUUGACGAAGUCAAGGAGGAAUACGAAACUCUUACUGGAGAGUCGCAGCAGAAGAUCAACGCCUUGAGUGACCUACUACAAGGAAGACGCCAAUUCGAAACCGACAUCGACAAGUGCAUUAAUUGGCUAAAACAAGCGGAAGUUGCCACAGCUUCUGACAUCCGCGCUCCCAAUAUAGAAGUCCUUGAAGAACAACUCGCUAAGUACGAAACGUUGGGUAACGAAGCCAAACGUGUCCAGGGAGAUAUCGAUAAGAUCUGCGAACAAGGUAAAGCAAUCAACCCCACGAUCAGCGAAGCGGACAAAUUGAUCUUGAAUGAGACUCUCACCAACAUGAAGGAUCGCCACAACCGCAUUUCCGCGUUGAUUCAAGACAGAACGAACGCCUUGAAACAAAACAUUCAACAACUUAAAGACGCCCAGUCCAGAAUCGCCGAAAGCGUCCAGUUCGUGAACGAAAUCCAGAGUCAGUUGAAGGAGUUGCACAAGCCUAUCGGGAACAAAGUGGAAGAUGUCCAGAACGUUCUCACUACCUACGAACGGAUUUUGGCAGACUUGAAAGCCAAUAAAGCGAAGCUUGGUGACGUUCCGGCGUCACAUUCUGGUGAAUUACAAAACAUUUUAGCCACACAAGACGAUUUAAUAAAGUCGAUUGAAGACCAGAUUGCUAAACUACGGCAGCUGCUCCUCCUCCGCGAACAAUAUCUAGCUUUGAUUACCGAAAUUAUGACUUUCAUUACCAAGUACACGGAAAUUGUUCGCGACAUUGAACGCUCCGGGGGCACUCCUGAAGAAAAAAUUAAGAAAUACGACGACGCUAUUGUGAAAAUUCAAGAAUGUGAGGCCAUGUUGGCUUCAGCUGCCGACAAAGGACAACAAAUCGCCGCCGAUUGUUCAGUUCAAGAUAGAAACAGCAUCACUGAACAAAUUCAGUCCUUGAAACAAUCACUGCAGAAUUUGCGACGUGCCGUUGAGAAACAGCGGCAAGAACACGAGAACACGGCAGCCGAACAUAGAAAACUCGCCGCAGAGCUUGAAGAAAUCCUGGAUUGGUUACACUCCAACGAAGGUUUAGUUAGAUCCAGACCUCUCCUGAGCCGCGAUGUUAACAGCGUGGAAAAAGAGCUCGAAAAUCACCACCAACUAGCCCAAAAUGUUAACGGUUAUUUGGACAAAAUCAGGAAAAUUCAGGAUGCGACGAGACACGACGAUAGCAUGCCAGGGUCGCUUUUGGAACAACUCUCCGAAGCUAAUUCUUUACUAACAUCGUUACCCCGAGAACUGGAAGACAGGGAAAAAUAUCUUGAAAACAACAAACAACUACGUGAAGAGUAUGCACGACUUAAGGAGAGACUUAACGACUGGGUUAAGGAGGCAGAAAUUCGCUUGUCGAGUCACAAGGAUGGGGUCGAUUUUGAAAAUAUAUUGACUGACUUGGAGGAACACAAAAUUUUCUUCAGCACUGAGGCCAACAUGAAGGAACUGGUGUCUCAGAAUAUUCAACAAGCCGCGGAUAAAAUAUGGCCGAGUCUUACGCCGUACGAACAAGAGGAGUUGAGUCGGGAACAACAACACCAUACCCAGUUGUUGAAGAAUACGUUGAAUUCGGCUAAAUCGCAGCGAGCGCAGUUGGAGCAAGAUGCUGAAAUUUGGAAAGAUUAUUGCCAGAUUUUGGAUAAGGUGAAGGCUGUUAUCGCUCGCACGAAGUUUACUGAUGAACCAGUGACUACUUUGGCUGGGUUGCAUUUCAACGUGCAGAAGAUUUCGCACGCACUGAAUGACAUUCAGAACCAACAACUGGAACUUGACUUGCUCCUCGAACGCGCCAACGAAAUUAUAAAGCAAGCAGACGAGCGUAACAGAGUGAAAACUCAAAACCAGAGUAGCGAAGUGUCAACGGAAUGGACGUCUCUCGUUUCCAACCUUGAAAAUCGCAGGGAUACCUUGACCAAGUUGGCGCAAAUUUGGGAAACUUUCGAAGGACGCUGGCAACAUUUUGAGAGCCUCUUAUCGGGAGUCGAAGAAAAAGCCAAACAUGUGGACAACAUCGUCCGCAGCAAGGAACAUGUGAUAACCACAAACAACAACAUUCUGGAACUGCAAUCGGAAGCAGAGUCCUUGGAGAAGUUCAAAGACGAAGUGCUGGAAUUAUCCGAAAACGUCCUCCUGUUCCUCAAAGAGUGUUCCAACACUUCUGCCACAGCUCUCAGCGAGAAAUUAAAGCAGUUGCAACAGAGCUAUCAGAGGCUUCUGGACAGUUUAGACGACAAGCGAAGGAAAACCGAAGACGACCUCCGGGAAAUCGUCGAAGCCCUUAACAAUAUAUCGCGAGAAAGAACAGAGUUGAAUAAACUCAAACUCGAAGUCGAAAACUUCUACGUCUUCGACGCAGAUCUCGACAGGACCGAGGCGGAGUUGAAGCAGCUCCGAAGUCGGGUCGAUUCUCGCUGUAGACAAGCCAAAGAUUUAUCUUCGAGACUUAAAGACAAAUAUAACAGAGCCCAGCAGUUGGUUCCGUCGGACGUCGCACAGGAACUUAACCAAUUGGAGCUCUUGACUGAAGCAAUCGCCAGUGCCAUGGAAGAAAAAGAUAGGGAGUUUAAGAAAGCAAGGACGAUCCGGACGGAUUACCUCAACGACGUCGAAGAGGUUCAAAGUUGGAUCAAGGAUGCGGAACUUAAAGUACAAGAUCGGUCCGUCGAGCCCCAACUGUUGCAACAACAUCUACAACAGAUUCAAUCUGAAAUCGGGACGAUCGCGGAUCGUCUGGAAAAAUUAAUCAAAAACGGGAAAGUCAUCAUGGAGAAAACGAAAGACGACGAGGAGAGACAGUUGGUGCAGUCGACGAUGAACGAAUUGGCUGAUCAGUUGCAACAGGUGCGAUCGUGGUUGGAAGAGAAGAGACAGCAAGUCGGAGAGACUCUAGACGCGUGGCAACGCUUCCUUAGUUUGUACCAAUUGGUGAUGGCCUGGGUUCAAGAAAAGAAGGUCUUCCUUCAGGAACCCUUGUACAUCACGACGCUCACGGAAGCCCGUCAGAAACUCCACGACUAUUCCAACGCCGUGAAGAGUUGCAAAACCGCGAGCAAAAAUCUAAGCGAAAUGGCUAAAGAACUGGAACACAUCGGAAGCGUGACCAGCGUCGGAGAUCUUCCAGCUAAGAUGGAGGAAGCCGAAGAAGCUAAAACCGAAGUCGAAGCGUUAAUUUUGGAACGUAAUGCCUUACUCCAGGAAACGUCCGAAGAGUGGGAGCAAUGCGAAAAGAAAAUGAAGGAUGUACGGGGUUGGAUCGAAAAGACCACCGCCACUUUGGAGUCUCAACAGAACAAGAAGAAGCCGUUGAGGGAUCAACACGGUCUUUGUGAGAAGUUGUUGGCCGAUAUCCAGAUUCAAAAGACCAAGAUUUCCUUGUCUGUCGAAAAACUUCAGUUACACUUCCGGUCCGGAGUCGGUGGAGACUCUCGUGUGACUCAAUCCGCCGAAGCGCUUCUCAAAGAACUGGACGAUCUUAAUAAAACGAUUAGAGAUCAGAGUUCGAAGCUCGAGCAAGCUAUCGCUCAGGUCGAGCAGUACCAGAUUGAGGUGCAGCAGCUUCGUCAGCAGAUCGUCCAGGUGGAACAGCAGCUGAGGACGGCGAUGGCUCCGACGCACUUGCCACACGAUCGUGAUCAAGCUGUCCGAGAACAACAGGCGCGGAUUGAGGCCUACCGGCAAAGGAUCGAUGUUCUCACCGGGAAGAUCCAACGCGUGGAUCCCUAUUACGUCCAACCCACCUCCCUACUCGGGAUUACGUACGCGGACAUUACGGCCGGACGGUCCAAAUCGCAGGAACGCCGAUCGGAAACACGCGAAAUGGAGACGACCGAAACGCAAGUUGUUGAGACAAAAAUCGAAACGGUAGCGACCGAACCGGAAACUCAAGCUGCCAAACCGAAGGUUGUAAGCGAACCGGACUCCCCGGCGCCCAAAACGACCAAGAUCUCGAAGCACGAACCGGAAGCUCCGGUCGUCAAAGCUCCGAGAAGAAGUCGAUCGCCGAGGAGGCGCGAAGACAGACCCAAACCGGAACCCCAACCCCAACCACAGAAGAUCAAAGAAGCACCUAUGGUUAAGAUAGAAGAGGAGAAAGUCUUCCUGAAACCGGAGGUUAGACCACGUGGGCGCUCCCCGAGCCCCAUAUGGGAACCAGGUUCCACCACUUAUGCUGAAAUUUUGCGCGGUCAAUUCGGCCCCGGUCAGUACGGUGUCGAACAAGUAGAAGAACGGAAACCUAGAGUGAAGCAGCAACCCGAAACUGUACCGACGCCGCCACCGUCACCAUCACCGCCGCCCCCGAAACAAGAGAAACCAGAGGUGCCAAAGCCAGAACCGCAACCCGAAAUCGUCGCGGUUCCUCAAGUGCAACCCCAGUACAGUUUCGUGCCGCAGCAGAACUGGAACCAGUACAGCCAACCUCCGUACCAGUAUUCGAUCCCCACGGAUCAACCGUACUAUCCUCACCAACAAGGUAUCUUCGAUUACAUUCAACCCAUUCCUGACAUGGUUAAUUUUAUAGCUUCAGGACAACAGUUGAUGGGUUCCGGUUUAGGUACUUACUUGUAUCCGGACCAGUACAACCAACAGUACAUUAAUCAAACAACUGUGAUUACUCAACAAGUGCCGCACUACGAAAAUUACCAACCUCCGCAAACGUCGGCACCUGUUGAAAAACCACAACCGACCCUUCAAGACAAGGAGGAAGUUGAUUCAGUUUCCAAAACCGAAGUUGAAGAAACUCCCAAGCUUGAUCCCGGUAGUCACUUUUCUUAUGCUCAAAUUUUGUCUCAAGGACUUGCUUCGAAGCCUCUCCAGCCAUCCAGUGCACCGGCAACGACUACCAAUCGACCUCCUCGACGCAAAUCUCCAGCGCAUGGACGCGAGUCCAAGCAAAAGGACGAAACGAAGUCGACGGAGCCCCAAACGCGCCAAAAGGAAAUUGUUCCUGAUGUUGCUACCAAGCAACAUAAAAAGACACAAAAGAAACGACACGGACCCAUCGAAAUUAAAACUCCAUCAGAUGGUCAUCAUGGAGAGCUCGUCGAUGUGAUGAGUGAUGACGAUGCUGAUGAUUCUCCUAACGUACAAGACUUGAAAGUAUUUAGUGAUGUAAGUAGUAAUAGUGUUCCCCAAGAUACAGACAAGAAGAAGAAGAAGAAAACGAAAGAUAAAAGCGACGACGACAUCGAUAGUGCGCUUAAAGAAAUCGAACCACAAAAAAUUAAAGAUAGUGAAGCUAGCCAGAAGAAUAAGCCGCAUGUUAAACACAUCACGGUUGUUAAAACAACAACAGAAACGGUCAUCGAUAAUGUGAAACCGAAACAGAAAAUUAUUGAAGAGACUAAAGUGAAAACUGUUACGGAAGAACCAAACGAAGAGAAGAAAUCUAAACAGAAGAAGAAGAAAGGUGGGAAACCACCAGACGAAGUCAAUAAAGAAAAUAUCGUAAAGGAGGAGAAACCCGCCGAGAAGACUGACAGUGUCAAAGAAAAGCCCUCGAAGAAGAGGGUCUUGAAAAAGUCUGAUACAGUGAUUGAAGUGACAGAAGUGAUCGACAGUCCUGUAGAAAAUGAAGAAGUCAUUGUUAAGCCAAAGAAGAAAUCCAAGUCUAAACAGAAACCUCGUCUCGAACAACCCAUUUCUGGCGAAAGUACAGAAGGUGAGACGGGAAGCUCGGUAACUACUCCGGAAGAAACAGAACCAAAAGUUAAGGAAAGCAAGCGAAAAUCCAAAUCUAAGAAACCUAAAGCUGUACCUUCUCCAGAAACAAAUAUCGAAAAUGUAGCCAAACCAGAAACGGUGAAAGAAACAACUGAAGAAGAAGAAGCACCCCUUUCUACUGACAAUGUGGAGACGGCACCAAAAGUUAAAGAAAAUAAGAAAAGAAAGAAGGCUAAGAAGACCUUGCCCACACAUACAUCUGAAGAAAUUGUAGAACCAGCAGAAGUGACUAAAGAUACAUCCGAAAAAGAAAUAUUGCUUUCUCCUGAAACUUUUGAAGCUCCAACUGGAGCAAAGUCAGAACCAGAUGUACCAGAAGUACAGGUUACUAAAACUAAAUCAAAGAAAUCGAAACCAAAACAGGUUCCUCAAAAUCAAUCAGAGAGUGAGUCUAAGGACGAUGUCGAAGAAACCCCAACUGAAGAUCUUCCAAAAGAAACAAAGUCGAAGAAAAAGCAUAAGAAGUCUAAAUCGAAAGAAGGAACGGUCAGUGAACCCGAAGUCGAAGAUAAAGUUGAAAGUACUGAAGAAGUACCACAAAGUAUUAGCGAAACGUUUAUCACCACUGAAAAAACAGAAAUUGCAGAAGAGGCUCCUUCUAAACCACAGAAAAAACCGAAAAAGAGUAAAACGAAAGAGCAAGUGAAACCUUUAGAACAACAUGAUGAUAAAAUACUCGUUGAACAGGUUACGACGACAUUCAUAGAAAGUGAAAAAGCUGAUGUCUCACAUACGUCUGAAACGGUUACCAAAUCGAAGAAAAAAUCAAAGAAAGGUAAACAGAAAGAUUCUGGAGUUUCUACGCAGCAGCCUGUUGUCGAAAUAAAAGACGAAGAAGUGACUCAAAUGUCAUCGAUUGAAGAACCUAAGAAAGUGGAGCCACAGGUUGAAGAAGUUGUACAAGUUGAGAAAAAAGAUGAAGAAGUGUCACUAAUUCCAUCGAUUGAAGAAUCUAAGAAAGUGAAGCUACAGCCUGAAAAAGUUGUACAAGUUGAGAAAAAAGAUGAAGAAGUGUCACUAAUUCCAUCGAUUGAAGAAUCUAAGAAAGUGGAACUACAGCCUGAAAAAGUUGUACAAGUUGAGAAAAAAGAUGAAGAAGUGUCACUAAUUCCAUCGAUUGAAGAAUCUAAGAAAGUGGAACUACAACCUGAAAAAGUUGUACAAGUUGAGAAAAAAGAUGAAGAAGUGACACUAAUUCCAUCGAUUGAAGAACCUAAGAAAGUGAAACCACAGCUUGAAGAAGUUGUACAAGUUGAGAAAAAAGAUGAAGAAGUAACACUAAUUCCAUCGAUUGCAGAAACUAAGAAAGUGGAGCCACAGCCUGUAAAAGUUGAGAAAAAAGAUGAAGAACCAUCGAUUGAAGAACUUACGAAAAAGCCGGAUCUUGUAGAUGUUCUACAAGUUGAGAAUAAAUUAGAAGAAGAGGCAAAAACCACACCUGGAAAAGUAGAGUUACCGCUUGAAGAAAUUUCAACAGAUACGAACAAAUUGGAAGAAAGUAAGGAAGAAGAAACUGUAAAAGAAACACAACCAUGUCGCGUUGACAAAACCGAAGAACAUAUAGAACAGAUAACUGAACUUACACCGACUUUCAUCAGUACAGAGAAAACUCAAGUUUCAGAAUCAGAAAUAGUAGAACAACAAGAAAUCUUCACAACAGUGGAAAAGAGCAAAGAAAAAGAACAAAUAAUAGCUGACUUGCCUGACGAUACUUUCACUCCUCAAGCUCCACCUACACGAAAGAGCAAAAAGAAAUCUAAGAAACCAAAAUCUAAGGAAGAUAAACCCACUACUACUGAUAUUUUGGUUACAGAAUUUACUCACAAAGAUGACGUUGUUGAAAAAGUAGAGGAAUCGUCAGAAUUAAAGCCCGCGUUAGGUAAUCUUGUACAAAGUUUCAUAGAUACAGAAGUAGCACAUUCAGAUGAAGUGCCCGUUAAAGAAAAAGACAAAGCACCUGUUAAAAGCAAAGAGCAAAAAUCAAAGAAGAAGAAGCACAAGAAAGACGAAGAAGAGAUUAAAAAAUCUAAGUCAGUGACAACGAUUACUACGGUCACAAGUAUGACGAAGACGCCUCUUGUGACAGAAACUGUGAGCUUGUCUCAACCUGUAGUAACCUCUAAAGAAGUAAAAGUAACCUCUAAAGAAGACGAGAAGGAGAUAAAAGAGGUGAUUGAAGAAAUUAAAGAAGAAAGUGUAGAAAAGACAGCCGACGACAUUUUAGUCGGUCCUACUCAAAAGAUUGUUUUGAUAACUCACGAGGAAGUUCGCUUGAAACCUGUAGUAUCUAUGAAGAUGGAGUUCAUUGAAACUCCAGUACAUACAACGCAUUAUAUUGAAGAAGUUAUGAAAGAAGGUGAAAAGACAACUGGUGAAAUAAUUUCAAAACAAGAACAGAUAGCUGAAACAGAUGAAAGAAUACCUGAAGGUGUGCAUACAACAACAGUAACCGAGACAAAAACGGUAACUCUACCCGAAUUCGAAAAAGAAAUUGAUACAUCCAGAUUUGAUAAAGCAGACGAAGUUUAUACACAAAGAGUUGUUGUAACAUCUACUACUGAGACAACUGAAGUAACACCUGCAACAUACACAGUAACUGAAGAAGUAACAACAAAACAUGUUGGGAAAGAAUCGGAAACUCAGUUUGAAACAGUAGAAAGUAAAGAUGAAAACAUCGUAAUACAGAAAUCGCUUGAAACCUUUAAGACAGAAAGUAUUACAUCACCUGAAAUUCAAAAGGAAGACUCAAAGAAACCAACAGAUGAACUGAUUGUUGACACUUCUUUGGUAGAAGCAGAACCUGCUAUUGAGAUUACUUCUGUUGUAACUACAACGGAGGACAAUACUCCACAGAUAAAUCAAAAAGAUCAAGAUAAAGCUAUAUUUGAUGUUGAAAUAAGUCCAGAAAUUUUAAAACAGAAGGAAAUCGUACAAGCUUCUGUACCAGAAACCAUUGAAACCACGGUAGCUGAAACUCAUAAGGACAUUUCAACCACUUCUGAAACGCAACUUGGAUUUAUCAGAGAGCAACAAGAUUUUGUUACAACUGUUUCUACUGAAAUAUUGCCUCAAAGAAUAACUGAAACAGUAACCACAGUAACUUCAACUCACUCCACUCCACGAAUAGAAGAAAAACAAUUAGAACCUCAAGAUGAAACUACUUCUAACGUUGAAGCUUUUACAACAAAAACAAUUAAAACCACGGUAAUUGAAACUCAUCGAGACAUUUCAACGACUUCUGAAACACAACAAAAAGAUAUCGUAGAGCAACAAGAUUUUGUUGAAACUGUAUCUACUGAAGCAUUGCCUCAAACAAUAACUGAAACGGUAUCCACAGUAACUGUAACUAAAGAAUCUACUCCACAAAUAGUUGAAAAAGAAUCAAAACCUCAAGACAAAGCUCCAUCUAACGUAGAAACAGAUCAAGAUAUUUUGACACAGAAACCUCUGGUUGAAACUACUGUAACAGAACGCAUUGAAACCACCAUAGCUGAAACUCACAAAGACAUUUCAACGACUUCUGAAACACAACCUGAAGAUAUCUUGAAGCAACAAGAUCUCGUUGAAACUAUAUCUACUGCAGUUUUACCAAAAACAAUUACUGAAACGAUAUCUACUGUGACUGUAACUGAGAAAAGUACUCCACACGUAGAUGAAAAAGAACCGAAACCUCAGGAUAAAACUAUAUCUAAAGUAGAAGUAACCACGGAAGCUGCGAUAGGUAAAACUCAUGGAGAUGUUCCAAUGAUUUCUGAAACACAACCAGAAGAUAUUUUACUGCAACAAAAUCUUGAUGAAAUUGUAUCUACUGAAGUUUCACCUAAAACUGUAACUGUAAUUGAGAAAAGUAUUCCACAGAUAGAUGAAAAAGAAUCGAAACCUCAGGAUAAAACUACGUCUAAAGUUGAAAUAACAGCUUCUGAAACACAACCAGAAGACAAAUUAAAACAAGUUGAAACUGUACAGGCUGAGGUAUUACCUAAAACAAUAACUGAAACGAUAUCCACGGUAACUGUAACAGAAUCACAUCACGACAUUGUAGAACCUCGUAAAGAAACUCCUUUACAUGAAGAAAAGGUGAACGUUUUUGAAACUUCUACGGUAACUCCAACAGAAGAAGAAAAAUUAAUUCCUACUGCAGAAGUACAAACAAGUCCUGUAAUAACUCCACUUGAAGAACACAAGUCAGUUCUCACAAAAUCAGAUUCAGGAAUUGACACAUUUUCUGAAACCUGUAUAACAGAAACCGAAUUUUCUGAAGCUCUCGAUACCAAAUCAGAAACUCCUGCUGGAACUCCGUUAGAAGAAUCUCUCGAAAACGUAAUUCCACCAUCUGAACCAUCUCUUAACGUUGUAACUAAUGCUACAGAAACUGUUACAACAGAAAAAAUAACUGAGGUGACGCCUGUUGAAACCACUACAACUGAAACAAUAAUUACUGAAACACCACGUGAUAGUCUUUCUGAAACAUUUGAACUCGAACAAGUAAUAUUUGGUUCUGUCCAACAACGUCCCAGUCAGAAAGCCGCCGAAAGUCAUUCUAAAAAGAAAAAAGACAAAAAGAAGAAAACUCCAGAAGUAGCAGAAUUUACAGCAGAGGAGAUAGAAGCAUGCAAAGCAUUUGAAGAAAAAAUGAAAAAGAAAAAGAAACGCCAAGGAAUUCCUUUGGAAUUCCUGCUGGAAACUCCUCCAUCUGAAACUGGCGACGAGAUCAAGUCGUCUGAUUCUAAUCAAACGUCAAUGACACGACUCGAAUCUGUCGACUUUGAAGUUAGUAAUAUUGAAGACGUCAUGAAUGUUCUGUCGGGCAAAGGAGAAGUGAAAAUUCAAAGUGAACAAGUGGCUGAAUUUAUAAAUGAAGAACGUAAACAUCACGGUUUGCCUGUUAACGGUAACGCCGUAGAGGAAGUUAAGCCUGUCGAGACUUUAGAAGAAAAACCGAUUAGUGCAGGUUUGACUCCUGAAGAUAUUAGUGAUGAGAAAGUGUUAGACCAAGACGUUAUUAUUUCAGACAGCGAAGAGAAAGGACAUGGUAUGGGUAAAAACAAAAGGAAGAAGCAUAAAAAAUCUAAAACGGUUCAAGAGGAAAGUGUAGAAUGUAAAAAUGUAGAGGAGACUACGGUUACUGAAGAAACUAAAGAUAUUACUAGUUUUAAUGUUGACGAAGAAAGAUCAUCGACGUCUUGGGCAAGCAUUGUAGGUUCUAAAACAUCAGCACAGAAAGUUGAAAGUGAAGAAGUUACGCCCGCCACAAAUGUGGUAACAAAAGUUGAGCCGGUAAUUAAAGAAGUUGAACCAGUUGUUGAUUCUGAUAAAAAAUCUAAAAAGAAGAGACAUAAGAAGAAGCCUGUUGAAAGUGAGGAACCAUUCGAAGAAAUUGAAUUACCAGCCGAAAAGAAAGAUGAGGAAGAGAAGACUGUUGAAGAAGUAACUGAAAUUGAGGCUGAAACACCUCAGGAAUCAGUGAUUUUAGAAGAAGAACAUGAAACGGAAACUUCAAAAUCUAAGAAAAAGAAGAAGAAACACAGACACAAGAAAGAUGAUGAGGAAACCAAAGUGGAGCAACCUGAAAUUCUCGACAAACCACCAAGUGAGGAACAUCAUCACAAAAAAGAUAAACAUAAGAAAAAGAAGGAUAAAGAACAUAAACAUCAAAAGGAUAAUGAGGAAGCUCGAGUUGAGGAACCUGAAACUUUGGAUAAACUACCAAGUGAGGAGCAGCAACAUGUAGAAGAUAAGCCGAAGAAAAAGAAAGAGAAAGUAAAGCAAAUGGAAUUCGAACAUCAAAAAGCUGAUGAGGAAGUUCAUAUUGAGGAACUAGAAACUGUUGAGAAGCUACCAACUCAAGAACAACAACAGAAAAAAGAUAAGGAAAAGAAGAAAGAACCAGAACUGGAACCAUUCGAGCUUCAAGAGGAAGAGUCUAAGCCUAAACGUAAAACAAGCAAGAAGGAGAAAACAGUUUCGUUUGAGGAACAUCCACAAAUAAUUAGCUUCGAAGAAGAGACUCCGAUUGACGAAACUUUGACUUCUUCAACGUCAGAAAUAACUAAAUUGUUGGAUAGCACAUCCGAAAAUCUCGUUGGGGAAGAAUUUAUUUUUAUACCAAAUAUUAUGGCGGAUAAUGUUGUCGAACUUGUCACAGAAAAAACACUGUCAGAGAGUUUAAUUGAAACAGAAAAGCAGGCUACUGAGCCGUGGGUGAAUAUUGAAAUUGGAGAAAAGCCAGUCAAAACUGACUAUAAAGGAUUACCGAUAGACCAAACAUCAAACCUUUGGCUUGAAACAACAAUUACUUUAGAAGACGAAAGUGAAGAACAGAAAGUAGAAACUGUUGAACAAAGAAAACCACAAGAAGAACUGCCACAAACUAAGGAAGUACCAGCAGCAGAAAUACGACAAGAAACACAAAUAAUCGACGAACCUACUGUAACAGAGCAAGUGAAAUUGGAGACUACGGAGUUAAAAGAACAGAAAUCAGUGCAACCUACGCAAGAACCAAAAUCACCAGAAAAAGUGGUUGAAAAACCGGCUUAUAAAGGUUUACCGUUGGAUCAAUCUAGUGAACUCUGGAUAGAUAUCUUAGACGAACCUAUGGUCUUCUCUGACGAAGAGGAAUUUGUAGAAUCAUCAAAACCACAAACCACUGCAACAACUAGUGAAGAAAAUGUGGAAGAAAUCAAUAAAACGGUAGUAGAAUUCAAGGAAGAAAUUAUAGAACCAUCAAAACCACAAAAAACUGUACCAACUACUGGAGAAGAUUUACAAAAAAUAAAUCAUCAAACGAUAACAGAUUUCAUUACACAAGAAAAAUUACUCUCUGAAUCGUCAACAGUCCACACAGAAAAGCCAGUUCAAGCGGAAGUUAUUACAGUCACUGAAGAAAUUGCACCAGUUCAAGAGGAAAAAGAAAAGUCUGAAGUACCACAAGAAAAACUUGCGUAUAAAGGUUUACCACUGGAUGAUACUUCUGAUUUAUGGAUUGACGUCUUAGAUGAACCGAUGGAGUUUUCUGACGAGGAAGAUACUACACAGAAGCCUGCAGAAACGACGACAGAGAAACCAGUUCUUGAUAAACCUCAAAGCGGUGAACUCACACAGUUUAUAGAAAAUGAAAAGCUUUCACUUGAAACACAAUCCGUAAAGGUGGAAAAAUCUGAAAAACCAGCUUAUAAAGGCUUGCCUCUAGAUGAAUCAAGUGAUUUGUGGAUGAAUGUUUUAGACGAGGAAAUGGUGUUUUCAGAUGAAGAUACAGACACACUAGUGCGACAACCAGAACCGGAACAGAUUACAACUACAAAAGAAGAACCUUCUGAAAUACCAAGUAAAGAAGUGGUUGUUGAACAAACUCCUUUAGUUUGUCCUUUGCCAGUAAAAGAUAUUGUUCCGGCUACCGAAACUGUAGUUGAAACAGUCAAACAAGAGGAAAGUUUACUUGAAAAACAACCAGAAAAGGUGGAAAAACCUGAAAAACCGGCUUAUAAAGGGCUGCCUUUGGAUGAAUCAAGUGAUUUGUGGAUGGGUGUUUUAGACGAAGAAAUGGUGUUUUCAGAUGAAGAUACAGAAACACCAGUGCAACAACAAGAACCGGAACAAAUAACAACUACGAAAGAACCUUCUGAAAUACCAAGUAAAGAAGUGGUUGUUGAACAAACUCCUUUAGUUUGUUCUUUGCCAGUACAAGAUAGAGUUCAGUCUACUGAAACUGUAGUCGAAACAGUCAAACAGGAGGAAAGUUUACUUGAAAAACAACCAGAAAAGGUGGAAAAAUCUGAAAAACCGGCUUAUAAAGGGCUGCCUUUGGAUGAAUCAAGUGAUUUGUGGAUGAAUGUUUUAGACGAAGAAAUGGUAUUUUCAGAUGAAGAUAUAGAAACACCAGUACAACAACCAGAACCGGAACAAAUAACAACUACUAAAGAACCUUCUGGAAUACCAAGUAAAGUGGUUGUUGAAGAGACUCCUUUAGUCUGUCCUUUGCCAGUACAAGAUAGAGUUCAGUCUACUGAAACAGUGGUCAAUAACGUUAAACAAGAGGAAACACCAGCAGUAGAACAAGUUCAGCAAACUACUGAACCAGUAGAUCUUCAACUUCCUGAAGUACCAACUGAAGAAAUAGAAGUGGAAAGAGCUCCAGAACCACUAAAGAUAAUUUGUCGUUUACCAACGGAAGAAAAUAUUGACUUCAUUGUUCAUGAAUUAGAAUAUGGUACUACCCCUACGAGCGAACUACAAAUGGACGAAGAAAUUGUAGACAAACAAAAUACUUUCAUCGUAGAACCGGACUUAAUCAAGUACGACGUAAUCGCUCAACGCAAAGCAGAAACGGAGUACUAUAUCCGACAGUCGUCACCUGAAAAAACAGAAGAAACUGAAACAGAGAAAGAACCAGAUAAAUUUUCAUGUGCAUUUGUGGACGAUAAUUUGGUGCAAUACGAUAUUCUAUCUAUGAUGAGAGCUGAAAGUGAGUAUUACAUCAAUACGAGGCAAGAGAAACCAGCACCUGAAGAAUUAGACGAAGCAGAUAAAUCUUUGAAGUAUUUCUUCUUAGAAUUUCCUAAGUAUGAUAUUAUUCAGCUUUUGAAUGCGGAGAUUGCUUGGUAUGAGCAGAAAGCAAAAAUCACAGAGCCUGAGGUAACCGAAAAGACUGAAGAAACUACACAAAGUGAGAUUAAGGAAUUGCCUAAGGAAAAAGAUAGUCUGUUGGAGUUUAUUGCUCAAGAGAGGUCUUCUGCAGAAGUACCUGUGAUUGUAGAACCAGUGGUGGUACGUUCUGAACAAGUAACAGAUCUUGAUGAAAUAGUGACGGACUUGGAUGAUCCAAUGCUGGAUAUUCCAAAACUGGAGGAUGUUAAAGAAGAUACAGACAAAUUUACUAUCGUAGAAUUUAUUAAAAAAGAGAUGGAUGUAAUUACCACUGAUUUAGAUGAGCCAUACGCUAGUACCGCAGAAGUACCAGAGAUGGAGGUAAUUACUACUGACUUGGAUGAACCAUACAUCGGGAAAACGGAAGUACUAGAGACAGAUGUAAUUACCACUGACUUAGAUGAGCCAUACAUUGGUAAAACGGAAAUACCAGUAGAAAGUAAGGUGAAAGAACAGGAAGAUACACCAGAAAACAAAAUUGAAGAAAUUGUUACACUUACGGAAGAGGUUGACACAGAAAAGCUCACUAUGACUACAAACACAGAUGUCAGUGCAGCUACCGAAAAACAAGAGGAGAUAGAAGUGGUUACUGAAAAAGUAGAAAGUAUACAACAGGAAAGCGAAGAACCAUCAGACAUCAUAGAGAAACCUGUGGUUGUGAAACCAACUCCAAGUGAACAAGAAGUUGUGCAAGAACCUGAUACUGAAUUAAAACCUGCAGUGGAACAAGCGCCAGAAAUUAAACCAGAUACAGUUACAGUUCCUGUGGAAGAAAGUGUGCCAAGUGCAGACAAUUUGAAAUCUAAAGAACAACCAAAAACAGACGAAGUAGUCGAAGUUUCAGCAAAAUCUAUACUAUCAACAACAAAGCCUUACGAACUGCCUGACGAAAUACCUGAAGUUUCUUUACUCACUUUGGCCGACGCCGAAGAAUUGAUUCUUCCAACUAAAGAAUCGAUGAGAUCAUCACAGUUCGAAGCUAUCUUAGCUAAAGCAACUGAGUUCGUGCCAAAAUUGGAACACUCGCGCCUUAAUCCAAACGCUGCGGAAUUUAUCCCUGGUGCUGAACACAGGACACAAUAUACUGAAUUCACUUCGGAAUACAAAGACGACGAAUCCGAAUUUGAUGAUAGUUCUACACAAAUGUGGAGUUACGGUGAAAGAAUCUACAACGAUAUAGUAGACAGCCAGCAAGAUUCAGGUUUUGUAACUUCCGAACCUCAAAGUAACGUAUGGACAGAGGAAGUUAGAUCACCAUCUCCUCAAGAAACCGACAAAUUCAUCGCUACUGAAAAAGAAGAAAUCGAGAAAGAAACGCGAGAAGAAAAAGAGGAUAUUGAAAAUCUUCUUCCUAAAGAACUGGUAACUGAAGUUAGCACCGAAACGGUUGAAGAGGUGAGUGAAGAAACUCUGAAACCGAAAAAAUCUCCACGAAAACGUAAAAGUAAGUCGCCGAGACCCCCACCACAAGAAGAAGAGAAACCGAGUGAGGAUGCAUCGUCUGCACCUACUCCUGUUAACGUUUGGGAAACUUUGAUGAAAGGAGACAAAACUUACGCUGAAGUUGUUGCCAGAAAAUUACCCUCGUCGGAAUCGGAAGACACCGAUGGAGCUAAAGAGACGGUUCCACAAAAGGAGGAAGUUUCCAAAAAACCGGAAAUAAGAGUGAUUGAACCGACAGAACAUAAAGUCGAAGUUGAGGCAGAUGAAGAUGGUUUCACGGAGUUUGUGUCCAGAAGGGCUCGAUCACGUUCACGAUCACGAUCGCGGUCCAGACAACGCGAGUCUGAACCUCAACCAGAGUCUGCUGAUGAAGUAAUCGAAAAGAAAUUGCAACGGAAAUCCAGACGAAGGCAUAGGUCUCCGAAGGAGGAAAUUGAGGUUGCACAUGCCGAAAUUUCUGACCACGAAGAAAUUAAAACUGAGGAAAUAAAGCCGGUUGAAGUUGCAAAGAAACCGAAGAAAAAGAAGAAGACAAAAUCUGUGAGUGAAGAUGUGAAGGACGUGCCCGUAGUUGAAGAACCUUUAGAGGAAAAAGUUACAACUACAAGUGAAGAAACUUCAGAAGAUAUGGAAAGUCAUUUAUUGAGGUCUUACGCAGAUGCGGUUAGUGGCCGCAGUAGAGAGCCAUCGCCAUGUGCUGUUUCAAGAGACGUUCCGCAGGAAGAAAUAAUAGUUAAGGAAGAAGUGAGCGACGUUGUAGAUGUUGUGGAAGAACCAAGUGCGACGGAAACACAAGUGCACGAAAAAUUACCAGAAACUGUUGAGUUUACUGAAAAAAUUGAAGAACCGACAGAAAAAAUAGACGAAGAAGUUGUUCAGAUAGAUACUGUAAAGAAACCAAAGAGAAAAUCAAGAAAACGGGACAGAUCUCCUAAACCUGCUGAACCUCUUGAGAGCAUCGUCGUUUCCCAGCCUGAAAUUGAACAACCUGGAACUUCUGUUGAAGGUCAUCAUAGAACCUACGCUAACAUUGUAGCUUCGAGUAGAAGUAGGGAACCGUCACCUGUUACAACUCCUCAACCAACUGAAAUGUCUAAAACACCUGUACAAAUUCAAAUUCAAGUGGUCGGAGAAAGUGAACAUAAACCUGAACCACUUCCAGUAGAUGAAGAUGGUUUUAUGACUUUGGUUACAAAGAAAGAACGUCGGGCUAGAUCUAGAUCGCGUUCGAAGUCAAGGAAUGAAGAACCUAAAGUUGAUAGUCACAGCUUUUUAGAAAAUGAAAGACAAUAUGAAACCAAGAUGAGAAGUUGGGCUUCAGUGGUUAGUUCCAAGAGUGACACUAAAGUAAAAGAGGUGAAAGUGCCAGAACAAGAAAAAGUGGUAACGUUACCGGUGAAAGUUGACACGGUAAAGACGGAAAAGAAAGAGCCUGAAUCUCCCAAAGCGGAAGAAGUGAAAGUGGAAGUUAAACCUACUAAAGACAAAAAGAAAGAGAAGAAAGAAGAAAAGCAAGGAAUUUUCGGAGGCUUUUUCUCUUCGGUUAAGAACGUUUUAGGAGGUUCUAAAAGUAAGGAUACAGUUCCAGAGGAACCAGAAAAGGUACAAGAACCCGCGGAACACAAAAAGAAGAAGAAACACAAGAAAGGCAAGGAUAAAGGUAGCAAACAAGACACCAAAGAGGCGGAAAGUGUCCCUGCGCAACACAAAGCUGAACUGUUGGAAGAAACUAUGGUAACGGAAAAUGUCGAAGUGACAGUCGAUAAAACAAAAGAACCCGAAAACGUUAAAUAUCAAAGUUCAGAAAAUGUAGAAGUGACAGUUGAUACCACACAGGAACCCGAAAACGUUGUCAAGGAACAAACUCCUGAAGAGCAGUUGAAAGAACCAGUCAUUGCUGAAAUAAAAGACCACGAACAAACAGAUCUAGAGGCUACAAUUAUGGAAAGACUAACAACCAUUCAAGAAGAACUUACAACACCAGCGACCGAUGAAUUCACACAAAUUAAAAAAUUGGAUACUGAAAAACUACCAGAACACACACUUGGAGACAGUAUUGUGGAAAAAACUAAAGUAGUAGAAGUAGAACCGAAGUUUGUGGAAACUGAAAAACCACCAGAACACAAACCUGAAAAAGAGAGUGUUGCUGAAGAAGUUAAAACGAAAGAUGUGGAACCGAAGUUUGUCGAAACUGAGAAAUCACCAAAACGCAAACUUGAAGAAAAGAGUGUUGUCGAAGAAGUUACAGUAGUAGAAGUAGAACCGAAGUUAGUAGAAACUGAACAACCAUCAGAAGACAAAACUGAAAAAGAAAGUGUUGUUGAAGAAGUUACAACGAAGGGAGUAGAACCGAAGCUUGUAGAAACUGAGAAACCACCAGAACACAAACUUGAAAAAGAGGAUACUGUCGAAGAAAUUAAAGUAGUGGAAGUGGAACCGAAACUUGUAGAAACUCAGAAACCAGUACAACACAAACCUGAAGGAGAAAAUAUUGUUGAAGAAGUUACAGCGAAGGAAGUAGAACCAAAACUUGUAGAAACUGAAAAACCAUCAGAACACAAAUUUGAAGAAGAGAGGGUUGUCGAAGAAGUUACAGUAGUGGAAACAGAGCCGAAGCCUGCAGAAAAAUUAGCAAGCGGUGUUCCACAGGAAAUAACUGAAGUAAUUGAAACAGUGAAAGAUGAUCUCCCAGAUAAAACCGAAGAAAUUGCGUUUGAAAUUAUUGAACCUAAGGAAAGCGCAAAAGUGCCAGAAGAAAAUCUCACACCUGACGAAAUCGAGAUAGUGAAUCAAAAAUGGAUAAUGGAACAGCAAAGUUCGAGUAUUAAAGAUGAUGUUCAAACAGAACAAACGCAAGAAUUUGUGUCCGAAGGAGAUUUCUUCAUCGUGGAGAAACCAACGGAAACUUCAAAACUGCCACAUGAUAAACAAGCCGUUGCAGAAUUUAUCGAACGUGAACAAUAUUUCACACCUGACGUACCCAAGACACCUGCGUCUCCAGUCGAAAAACGUGGUAGCUUCCUCGAAACUCUCAUAUCUAAAGUUGCACCCUCAAAAUCCGACGAGAAGAAGAAAAAGAAAACGAAAAAAGGCGAAGAUAAAGAAGAAGUGAAAUUGGACGCUGAAGAGAAAGGCAAGAAAAAGAAACGUAAAGAAAAGAAAGGAAAAGACACGCCAUCAGAAGUGGUUAAGCCUGACAACGUUCAAGUAGCAGAAGAUAUCAAGGAACCCGAACAACCACAAAAGUCCACAUUUGAGAUUGCAGUUGAAGAAAUCGAAAAAGAAAAACUGACGGAACUAACGCCCGCCGAAGAAGUCGAAAUGGUUCGACAAGAAGAAUCGAAGAAAAAGAAAAAAGACAAGAAGAGCAAGCGUCAGAAAUCAUCAGAUUCGGAAACCGCGACUGACGAGAAGCAAGGCGUUUUCGAAACGAUCGUGUCAAAAAUUUCGGAAGUGUUUUCGCACAAAAAGUCCGACGAUUUAAUUCUGUCUCCCAACGAAGUCCUUGCGCUAAAUCUUAACCUCGACGGUCCUUUCUGGUUAGAUAAAUCUUUGUACGACGAAGCCGAAGAGAAUUAUUACAUCAACCUCGGGAAGAAGCAAAACGUCGAAGAAGUCUCUGUCGGAGACCAUUUCGACGGAUCUCCAGAUAAAGACGACGAUUCUGAAGGUUCUAGCGGUCGCGGUUCGCCGAGACCGGCUCAGCAAAACGGCGACAUUCACGGUAACGUUGCUCAGACCGACUACAGGAUGUACUCUUUACCUGGAGGUGUGGGCGGUUGGAAAGAUCGUAGUACCUAUUUAGAACCCGAACCGGUCGCGAAAAUCAAAACUGCCGAUGAGCAUUUACGAGCGGCUAAACACCUAUCUGAAAGUAUCGCGGAAGAUGUAAUCGCGGAAUCCUCCCAAAAUCCUUCUCUAGGGCCUCCAAUGCAGCCAACGAUAUCCGCAGGGAUUGACAGUCCACCGGGAGGUGACCAGCUCAAGAAGGAUCUUACCGAGGACGUCGCCAAAUUGCAAAAGUUACUUCAGACCACCGAAAUCUCCAUUGAGUACUUACCACGGGAAGGAUUCGACCAGAUGAUCAGAGCGCUGGAAGAAAUAACGAGCGACUUGAAGAAACAUGCAGCUCAGGCCAUCAGUCUCGAAGGCCAAGUCCUCGAACUGAAGUCCGACCACGAGACUCAAGCUUUGGCCGUCCACUUGGCCGGUAUCAGGACAAGGAUCGCCACUCUGCUAUCACAGGCCGAGCACGGCAGGAUAGCGGUGACGAACGCUCGAGAGUCACACGUGAAACGACAGGAAGAGCUAAGCCAGUACCAAUUACUGUUGACGGAAAUAGAAAUUUGGCUGGAAAGGACGCGAGAAACAAUCCAAAGCAUCGCAAGACCCGACAGUGAAACGCAAGUAGCAGCAUCGAUCGAGAAUCUCAACCAGCUGGGGAGAGAGUUAGAUGACAAGGAGAAAAAAUUAGAACAGUUGGCCGCGAUCUGUGAGGAAUUCAAGAAGUACCCCGAUUUGAAACAGCUGGCAGAGACUUUAGUGGAGCAGUUAACAACACUGACGCUCAUCUUCGCCGAGCAAAGGACCACCAUAAAAACGAAAAUAGACACGUUACGAAAAUACUUAGAGGAGUUGAAGGAAGAUAAGAGCGAGAACACUCUAGACUCGGGGUCUAUGCCCAUCGAGGAAAGUCCGGUGGUGGGAGUACACAUCGAAACUCAAACCGGCAGGAGCUUAGCGUCACCAGAACAAGUAGUCACACGCGAUUUCACAGUCACUUACAACGAACCCGUGGAUGUGCAAAUACAGACCCAGUUGUCGGAAAGCUCCGACGUGGAGCCGGGCAAACACAAAGAGACUAUAACCAUCUCGAAGACGGUAGCCGACGGCGCAGAAACCAUCCAAAUCGCGACAAAACCAAUGGCUGAGUCGCAGCCUAUCGUAGAAGAGCCAGACGACCUUCUCGUCGAGGCCAACUACCGUAAGCAAACACAAACCGAAGGUAAAUCAACCGAGUUGAACAUCACAAACGCCAAACCCAAUCAACCAUUCGAAACCGUGUUCGUGGAACCCGAUGAAACCACCACCGAGGUGAUUGUGGAUGCUGACGGUACCAAACGCAUCAUAGUGAAGAAGUUGCACAGAACUGUAGUGCGACAUCAACAGACCGUGCAACAGCAACAAUUAACCAGUACUAGUACCAUUACCGAUGAUGCUCAAGCUCAACCCGUGAGUCAGUCGUUCUCACAAGUCACCCUCAAAGAACAACAAAGCAGUACGACUUUAGCCCGUGGUGACGGUAGCAGACAAACGGUCACCAGCAAACAAUACGGCGGGAAAAUAGUGUCUGGAGUACCUGGAGGCGACGUCGACGUUCAAGAAUUCCAAACCGACCCGGAAACUCAGGUCACGGUUGUGGAAGGUACCAGACCCUCUGAAAUCGAAAUCGAAGGAAUCAGACUCCACGAAGGUGACGUUACGUUCUUGGACCAAGAAAACAAGUUGGUACCGCCGUACGACGGCAGCGAAAUUCACACGUCUAGCUCUAGUGUACGAGCCGUCGUCCAACAAGUCACUAGAAGGAUAAUCAGAAAAACCCGCCGCAUCAUCCGUCGUACCGUCAUAGUCGACGGAAAAGAGCAAGUUACGGAAGAAAUUGUCGAAGAACCUGAAGAAGUCGAGGUAACAGAAGAAGGUAUACCCCGAGUCAGCAUUAACGUGACUCGAACUGAAGACGGUAGAGUAGUGCAGGAGCAACAGUUCGGUGAGCCGACUGUGAUUGUUGAAGAGCCGGGAACUAGUGUCACUCAGACUGUGACUGGUGCCAUAUUCGAUGGGAAACCCAUUGAAGCUUUGACCGAAGUAACAGAAGAAGGCGAGAGGUACGUUGUAGAACAUCCCAGUGCACUUCCGCCUCAAAGCUCAGUAACUUCCGCUAGUAAAGAUUUUAUAGAGAACGAAAGAUUUGCACUUAGUAGUACUGUUGAGGCACCUAGAGUUGGCGAUGCACCAGAGAAAGCGCAAACUCCACGAGACGAGUUACCGGGUACGGGUAGUACUGAUGUUGUUGUUGAAACAGUAACCUCGGUGAUAACAUCGAAGGCAAUUCCAACUGAGGUUACUCCACAGUUGGUGGAGGAAAUUUCGGCGCUUCCUACUCCACCAGUCGAUAAACCAGAAGUCGCUGAGAGUGUGAUUCAAGUACCUUCACCGGAGAUUCCGAUUGUCGAGGCUAUAAAAGAGACGGUACUUGACAAACCGGUGGAAGUCCAGCAGACCAUCAUACAAACUGUGACGACUCCGGUUGUGAGCGUCAGAGAAGUGAAAAAGGUUACGGAAGAACCGGAAACGGGUCAACCACUUACUACAAUCGAAAUCAUUGAAAAGACUGUGACCAAACCGGAAGAUGUCAAAGAAGAAACCGUCAAACAGGAACUCCGAGAACCAAAAACUGAAGAAGUGCUUCAAAAACCGAUGCAACUUAACGGCGACGUCAAACGCAAAGACAUUAACAUAAUCACGCAAGAAUUCAUCACCUCUCAACAAUAUCACGAACCACAGGGAGAAAUUAAGCAAACAAUAACAAUCAAGACAGAAAUCGAAGAACCAGUUUCACCCAAGGAUCAAGAGAAGAUAAAGGAAUCCCCUAAAAAGGAAGAUUCGGACGUUCCAAAAACCCAAACUCCAGGUGUCGAAGAACCACUUAAACCUCAAAACGUUGAAAUCGAACUUUCCUUGCAAGAGAAAACGCCAACUCACGCUGCUGAGUUUGUCCCCCAGCCUGUUGAAAAACCAAAGGAAACUCCUCAGGAAGUCGAAAUCGCUCUAUCUUUAGAAGAAAAACAACCAGAUGUCACUCUUGUGUCUCCACAGGUUUCCAUGACCAUGACUUUUGAAGAAAAGACAUCAAAAACUACUCCCGCUGAGUUGAUCCAGAAAGAUAUUCACGUGACUCUUCCUGCUGUGACUCAUUCUGCAACAGCUACCGUCAAAUCGGUCGCUUUGUCGCCCAUGUUUCCUCAAGUAGAGCAUCAACAAUCCGUCGCUACUGCCCCGAUUACUCCGAAACUAGAAAGCGAACAUAUCGAGUCACCGACGCCUAGCGAUAUUGACCACGGUGGGCGAGGCAGUAAAAAGAAAAAGAAACAUAAAGAAGAAUCUCCCAGUGAAGAAAUCGAAGAAGAAAAAGAAGUGUCGAUCGCGACUUCAGUUGCUGAAUCGACUGAAAUCAUCGUACCUGAUGAUUCACUACCGUCUGAAGAAACUCCCAAACCUACCGAAGAAGUGUUCGAACCGGUGACGGAAUCAGAAGAAGAGGAAGAAGAGGUUAAAGACACGGGUUAUGAAGCUGACAAAACAACAGUCGAUGAAAGUUUGGCCGAUGACGAUACCCAAAAACAAAAGACAAGGCGAAAGAAAAAGAAGAAGCAGAAGGUAAAAGUGAAGGAAACGGAAGAAUCAAAUAUACCGAAAUCGGCGUAUGAAUCGUCACCAUUUGGCGAAUCGGUAGCUCUGACUGAUGAUGAACCUGUUAAAGUCGCAGAGGUGAAGGUCGAAGAACCGAAGAAAGCUAAAAAGAAACGUAAAGGAAAACGCGGAGAGACCAGGCCAGAAGAAGUAGACUCAGAGCAAGCGUUACCAGAAACUCAAACUGAAGAAGAAGUACAAGAAAUAGUGGAAAUGGAAGUACCAAUAGAAGAACCAGCUGAAAUUAAAAAAGAAGAACCGACGAUUCAAGAAGCACGUGAUGUAGAAAUCGUCUCACCGAAUGAUUCUUAUCACACUUUGUCCACUCAGUCGGAUUUAGGUACCGUUAAAAUUGUCGAAGAGGGUGUCCUUAGACCUCUGAGCGAAUCACCUCAAGAAAUAACCGAGAAAAUCGUCACAACCGUUCCUAUAUUAGAAACUGUUAUUACUCAAGAAUCCCUCUCUCAGACUUCUCCAGAACUCAAUCAAGUCGUGCAACAGUUCAUCGAACACGAACAAGUAGCCACCGAACCCGUCUCAGUUCAAACUUCUCCAGAAGUACCGAAAGAAGUUGAAGUCACAUCCGUACAAACAUCACCUGAGCCGGUACCCGAAGUAAUCAAACCCGAAAUACAAGACAGUUCGAGUCAAGUCGAAAUUGAAACGACUGAAAUUGUGACCCAGACGGAAAUACCCGAACAAGUUGAGAAAGUCGAAGUGGUUACCUCUGAAGCUUCAAUGCAAACUGCCACUCCCGAGAAAGUUGCUGUUGUUGAAGAAGAAGCCCAGACCAGUUCACCCGAAACCGUGGAAAUUCCUCGAAGCGAAUCAGCUAUGCAAACGACGAUUGUUGAAAGUCAAGAGGAAUUCGUACAAACGCAGUCACCUGACAUUCAAUUUACCGAAAGCGCGGUACAAGCACAACCGACACCUGCCGAUCAUUCGAUGCAAACAUCCCCAGAACCAUCGGCGCCUCCAUUUGAGGAAGUUUUCGCGGAAGAAAUAGCGUCUGCUCAAGAAGUGGAAGUGACGCCUCCAGCUCAGGAAGAACCUUCACUUGAAGAAGUACCACCCAUACAAGAGGAAGUGUCAACUGCAGAAGUACCACCAGUUGAAGAAGUAGUUCAACAACAACCGUCGCCUCAAGAAGUACCUCUCGUUCAAGAAGUACCUGUCGUUCCUGCUAAAGAAAUUCCCGAGACGUCUGAGACAGUUACUCAAACUAGUCCCGUCAUGAUUCACGACAUUAACGAAUUAACGCCUCCUAGUAGUCUGUCCGAGCAAUAUGAAGUACACGUUGAAGCCUCAGUGACGGUACCAUCUGAAAGCACCGAAAGCGAACAAACACUCGGACCGGUACAACCUAAACCGGUCACUGAAACUGAAUCUGAAGAAUCAUCACGUUCUGACGUUGACGUAGAGGUUUCCGUUGACGGUGAACCCGUUCGUAAACCCCGACGAAGACGCCGUCACCGCAAAGCAAAGAAAGACUCAAAAGAAUCAGUUCCGAGCAUCGAGAAAGAUUUCUUGUCUGCAUUCCAACGCAAAGACGACGGUGGACUCUUAGAUCCCAAAGAACUUUACUCAGAAGUGGCAAAAAGACACUCGAGGUCAUCGUCACCGGUACGACCUGAAGAAAGCGACGAAGCUAUCGUUGUGGGUAAAGUGAUUACAGAUCUAGAUGAAGAUAAAGUGAAGAAGCUUGCAAGCAAAUCGAAAUCGACAGAUGACGGUACUUUGAAUGUGACUGUUGAAGUGGUACCAACGGAGACGCCAUCUACUAGCCCGGACGAUUUCGAAGUCGUGACUGAAGAUGUGGUGACGAAACGUCCCGGCGAGAAGGAUUUCGAAAUCACGUCGACCGUUAAAGUGGUGACUCCAGAGGAGAGUCGCGAGUUUGUUACUCGGGAGCAGGUUUCUACGGUGAGGGUCGAAGCACCGAAGUUUGGUGUGGCAGAUUUUCUUGCGAAUGAGAGGGCUGCUGCUGAAGUGACUCGUCGAGAGAAAGAUGAACCUGACAAGAAGGAAGUUUUGGUGCAAGAAUCGACUAUCACGACCCAGGAAAGUGGUUCGAAACAAGAACCUCACCUAGAUAAAGAUGAACAAGUGGAGAAUGUAAUUGAAAUACGUGUUACUGCAGAAAUUCAACCUACAUCUACCGAAACGGUUGAUUUAGAAACGAAAGAAUCGAAGCAUGACGUUGAAACAAAACCACAAGUUGCUGAAAAGGUGAAAAAAGAACCUAAACAACCAGUAGAGGAUGUUAAGAAAACACAACAAGAAGAGCAAAAACCGGUUGUGGAAGUGUCAGUUUCUGAGGUGGAUCUAGAGACGAAAGAACUGAAGCAUGAAGUUGAAAUGAAACCAGAAGUUGUGGAAAAAGUCAAAGUUGAAGAGCCUGAACAACCUUUAGUGAGUACAAAGAAAACCCAACACGAAGAUGAAAAACCGGUUAUAGAAGUGUCAGUUUCUAAAGUGGAAGAAGUUUCACCCGCUGAACAAGGUAAAGUGGAAACACUGAAACCUCUAGGAAAAUCGGAGCAAGACCAAAUUGAAGAAAAACUACCACAACUUCCGGAAAAAUCCGAAGACCUGAAACCCUCCGAUCAAAUUAAGAAAGAAGACCUGAAACCUACAGACAAAUCAACGCCAGAAGAAACUAAACAAGUAACAACAGUCGAAAUUAAAGAAGAAAAACCCGAAACCGCACAACAACCAACCAUUGAAGAACCGACACCAGAAUUUCCCCAAGAUAUUAAAAUGCCUGAACACAAAGUCGCAGCAAUCACCACGGCUCCAGAAUUUUUAGAAAAGAUGAAAACGGACGAACUUCACCAAUUCGCCACUCAAACCACGACUCCAGGAAUCCCCAAACAAGUUUCUCCUGAAACGAAAGAACGGCUUUCCCCUGAGACAAAAGAACGAAAACCGAAAUCGCCUUCUCCUAAAACGAAACGCAAACCUAAACAUGUCUCGUCUGUGACCAUCGAAGAAGUAGAAUCCCCGAUACGCGCUCCAGAACUUCCUAUUUCACCUCCCGCCGAUUAUCCCUUCUCUCCUGAGUACUCACCCCAUAAACCUGUUUGGCAGAAACGUCAACAAGCGUCCGCCCAGUUAAUAGAAAGUGAACGACAACGUAGUCCUGUCACUGUACAAGAUCUGGACAUCAGGUGGACUCACACACAGGCCCUCGAACGGGUGAAGAAUUUGCAGAACGCUAGGAAAACCACACAUUUGAGUGACGUUUUGUAUUUGGCGACUUUGCACGAGGUGGUGACGGAUGAGUCGAUAGAACAGAGGAGUUAUGCUGUGCAGGAAAAACUAAACACACUGAAAGAGGCAGUGGAGAAACGGGACGCUGUGAUUAUCCAACAAACGAUUAUCACCACAGUGGAAACGAUUACGACUUGGUUGGAGACUAUCGAGUAUCGCAUUUACGUGAAUAGGCAACAAACUGCUGACGGGCCUUCGAAAGAAAGAGUGCAAGAGUUCAACAACUUGAAAGAAGAGAUUGUAAAUAUCGAGGAUAAAGUUGGGCAACUGCAAUCAGUGAUGAGACAAGCUAAUGACAUUUAUAACGAAGACGACAGACAGCGCAUGAAGAGCUAUAUAGAUUCGCUUCAACAACAAGUGAAAGUCAUUGAGGAAGUCACUAGUGAAAACGAACAACUGGCCGCUGGUGACUUAAAGAGAUGGGAAGAGUUUGUCGCCGGAGUGACCGAACUCACAGGUUCCAUUGAAAAACUAAAGAAACAACUCGACGAUUUGAAAGAAUCAGAUGCUGCCCCUCAAACUAAACUGAACGAAUUGGAUAAAAUCGAACACACGAAUCGUUGCAAUAUGUUGAAAGCUGUCCACCUCAUAGCAACAGCUAAAGGUCUAAUGCGCGACUUCCCCACCCGAGAAAUCCCGAAGGCCGUUUACAGUAACCACGAAAGUACGAAGUUGACUGAACAGCAAAUCGUGAUCGAAAGAGAAAAGGCUUUACAGUUCCUUUCUUUAGCGGAUGAAUACGAGCAAACUCUCAAAGAGUUUGGACAGAUUAUUGAUGUAGCUGAAGCUCUCGUCGAAAGUCCUAUUAAUGUGAGUAGUUUGGAACAUCUAGAGGAUGCUAUGCAAAACCACCGCAAGUUCUUCGUGAAUUUGAGUCAUUGUAGGGCUAUACUUGAAUCCCUGGAAGAGAAUCUUGACUCAGAAACGCGUCUGCAACACUCGGAGCUUCAUAGGAAUUUGUACGAUAGAGCGAAAGUGAUUUUGGAUCAAGCCACUGGAAGGUUCCAGCAGAUGUCGCUGGCGGCUUCCCGAUGGACAAUUUUGGAACAAGGAAUGAAAGAAGAGAUGAGGUGGUUGCAGGUCGCACAACAAAGAGUACCAGAUUUGAGUAACGUGACGUCGUCGGAUUAUGACCGAUUUAUCGAUUUGUAUCAGUCUUUGGCGCUUGAUAUAGCACACCAUCAAGCUAGAAUUGCCCAUUUGAAUGGAGUCGCGCAGAAGCUUCAAGAACUUGUCGUGUGUUCUGGUCUAGAGGAGGCUUAUAUGGAAUCGUUGGAGAUCAUUUUGAAGUUGCAGGACGACGUCCAGAACAACUUGAAGAGAUUAAUGGCAUUCCGUGAUUUGUGGACGAGUUAUAAUCUAUUGAGUGAUAAGAUUGAGUACUGGUUGAGGGAUGCCGAACAACAAUUGCAACUAUUGGAAGUCCCGGGACCUAGAGGCCAUAUGAGACAAUUCUGGGAAUUGAAAGCCCAACACGAGGUGUAUAAUGGUACUCGCCAGGACGCCACCAACAACCUCGAGAAGGCCCUCCAGGUCGUACCCAUCUCCGACGAGAUGAUCCAGAGGAAAUUCCACACCGAAAUGCAAAACCGAUGGAACAAGAUUUCCGCAAAGAUCAACAACAUUCAGUCAAACAUCAUCGGAACUAUCUCAGCCACUGACGUUCCCAUAAAUGACAAACUCCUCCUUUUGGGACAAGAACUCGAGGACUUAAAAUCCGACGUAGAAAACUUACGAGGGGUUAUUAAAACCGAAGAAGAACUAAAUCUGUAUAUAGAACGCCUCCAGGUGAUGUCUACACGUUUAGAAACCAUCCAGAACGAACUCGGACGGUUGGGUCUUCUCUCAGCCAACGAGUCCGACAAAGUCGGUUCUCUCCUAGCCCUCUCCAAACGCUUGGAAAUCCAAAUCGCCGAAGAACUCGAAGGCGCCACUCUCCUCAAAGAGCGCCUUCAAAACAUCCACAAAGGCAUCUCUAGAGUGCGUCGCAAGCACGUCUCUUUGAACGAAAUCCUCGACCAGUGCGAACAAAGCGAGAAAAUGGGUAGCGAAGCCGUCGAAAAGGCCGUCAACGAUACCUACGAAGUGGGUGAGGAGCUUCUCACCCUCUGGCAAGACCUCAUGGGUCUUCGCCAGCUCCUCCACACUCUACCCAUGCGUCUUCGCAUCACCGUGUCCCCCGUCACCGUCGAGCGCGACAUUUCCCAGCUUCAGGACGACCACACCGUCUUGGAGAAGAGGUGCGGUCAGCUGCUGGCGCUCCUCCGGGGUCGACUGGCCCUGUGGCAGCGCUUCGAGCAGCAGCUGGAGCUGGUGCAGCAGAGCGUCCAGGAGGCCGACUUUAUGAUGGAACUGCUCACGGUGCAAGGAACAGUCGAUUACGACAGGUUGAGGAAGGCGACGGAGAGGCUCGAGAGCGUCUCCGUGGACCUGAGCUCCCGCGAGUCCCUCGUGGCCGAGCUGAAAGCCGUCGCGAAACCUCUCGCCGACAGCUGCGCUCCCGAGAUCUCGGCGCGCGUGGAAGCCGCCGUCCAGGAGGCCGUCACCGCCUACUCCACGACCUGCAGCAACCUCAAAGACCUGUGCACCAGGUAUCAGCAUGCCGCCGAAUUGUGGAAGCGCUACCGCGAAGCCAGCGACCUGGUGACCGAAUGGGUGGACAACCACAUGGAGUCGGUGGGCGACCUGGAGCCGGAAGAGGCCAUCAAGGCAGUUAAGGUUUGCGAGGAAACUCUGUCAGCUCAUACCGAACGUCUGGCCGAACUCAAACAGCUCGUUUCGGGAAUAGCUGCAGCGGUGGGAUUAGAUGCGAGCGCUCUUCUGGGAGGAGAAGUCGAAGCUUUGGGUAAAAGAUUGGAAGAUGUCAGAGAAUCUCUUACUGUUUUGGCGGACGUCGCCGAGGCCAAAGCUCAGUCGCGCGAAGAAACCAACAACGAAAUCAACGGCACUAGAACUUUCCUAGAUAGCGUGCAGAGAUGCGUGGAUAACAUAGAGCAAAGUCCGGAUACUGACAGCGAAGAGAAGUUGAUAACGCUACGUGAGCACCUCUUAGCUUUGAGCAAAGCGGAAGGACAGAUUCAGAAAAUCAAAGAUAAAACGUUAGAGAUGACGGAAUCGACGCGAACGGAAACGUCGGUUAUAGAAAUAUUGGAGUUGUGGCAGCAAGUCUUCCGGGAAACGUUCCAGCAGUACCACAGACUCAGUACUAGAUUGAUCAAAAACGAAGAUGGUGCUGCGGCGCUUAAACUAUGGCAGGAGUAUCUGCUCAACGUGCAGCAGUUCCUCCAAGGUACUAUUCCAGGUGAUUACCACAGCCUUUCCGAGCACCAACACUUGUGUCAAGUCCACCAGAAUCUCCUGACCACGCAGCAGAACGUUUUGAAACCCAUAGAUCAGAAAGAACCUCUAGGAAGUGGUUUAGUCGAAAGUAGCGUCAUGGAACAGUUUAAUUCCCUGACAAAUCUCCACAACGAGACGUUGUCUAAAAUAAUGGAAAGACACAAGGAAGUUCAAGCACGUCUAAACGCGUGGGACGACUACAAACAAGACCAAAAUAAAUUGUUGACGUGGCUGAAAAACAUAGAAAAGGACAGAGAAAAGAUGCAACUUAAAUACGUGCACAUCAGACGCAUCCCGAAAUUGCUAACCCGAAUCCAGAACCUUUUGAGCAAAAUCCCACAAGGCGAAGAACAAGCCGAUAACCUCCAGAAGCAGCAGAAUCUCCUUCUGCAAUUCUGUGACGACGCUUUAGCCACUUCCAUCCGAAUGGAACAUGCAGCCAUUAAACAACGAAUCUCGAAUCUGCAAGCCGGUCUUCAAACCUGGCACCAAUUUUUAGAACGUAUCACGUUUCUGCUGAAAACCCACGAAGACAACGUGCAGAAGGUUCAAACCUUGUACGAAGACAUCCAGGAAGCCAUAGCUGAAGCGGCUUCUCAAACCCCUACAUCACAUUCAGGAGUGAGCAACAAACUAGAAACCCUUCAACGUGCCAGAGUUCGCUUAAAUAACGCCACUAAAGACCUGGAGCAACUAGGCCUCACCCAGGAGCAGCUCAAAGAGUGUUUGAGCCCGAACGACAUCAAAACUAUCAAUCAAAGAAUGUGGAUUUUGUGGCACCAACAAGGAGAUUUGGAUCACCAACUCGCAGUUUUAUGUCACCAGUUGGAAGAGAAACUCGGUUUGAGGUCGAUGUUUGAGGCUAGACAAGCACGAUUUGUGGCUUGGGCUGACGAAAUUGAACGUCGUCUCGACGAAGAGAGCGAAGGCUCGAUUUCGUCAAUCAAAGACCCACACGAAAUGCUGCGGAAGCUGGAGACUGAGCUCCAAGCGGAGAUGAGUUUGAAAGAACGCGAAUACAACUGGUUGGUGAGCACGGGGCGCGACCUCGUCGCCAAUUGUGGAGAAGAAUACAGCGACGUCACCGCUAAACAGAUCCUUCAAGCUAAAACCGACGUGGUGCUCGAAAGGUGGGAAAGGUUAGACAACAUCGGGAAGAGUCGGAGGAAUAAGUUGCACGAUAUGAUGCAGACGAUGUCGCAACUGGAGCAAAGAAUUGCGGAAAUACGGGCUUGGUUGACACAGAUUGAAGCCCAAUUAGCUAAACCCUUAGUUUUUGAGGCGUCGACGAAAGACAUUAUUGAGAGGAAGUUACAAGAGCACGAGAAAUUGAAGAAGUCGAUUGAGAACGAGAGUGGCAAUAUUGGCGAUGUGCUCAAUUUAUGCGAACUGUUGUUGAGCGAUGCAGAUGUUUGGAAGGCGCACUUCUCCACUGAAAACAUCACAGCGGCUAUACAAAACUUAGAGAAGAGAUGGAAGGCCGUUUGUGGUCAAUCCGCUGAAAGAAAACGCAAGAUCAAUUCAAUCUGGAAGUUGUUACAAGAGGUGCUGAGGUUGAGCAACGAACACGAACCAUGGUUGACUGAAAAAGAACAAAAGAUCAAAGAAUUAGAUAAACCAGUGAAGAAACUAAAUCGGGAGGAGAUCCAAGAGUUGAUUUACUUUGUCGAAAAUCAGCUCAAGGAUAUAGAAUCGAGGUCUCUCUCGUUUGAGAUGUUGGAACAAACUUACUCGAAACUAGCGGUAGCGAGUGGUUUAGAACCCGAGAAUAUCCAGGAGUUGACAUCUAAAGCUAGAGUUGUGAUAACACGUUGGAAUAAUUUGCUGCCGCGCAUCCAUAGCCUUUUGAAACGCUUACAAGAGGAAAUUGUUCUUUUCAAAGAUUUUUCGUUAGCUCAUGAAGACGCAGUGAUUGGUUUGAGCAAAGUCGAUGCUCAGUUGACCGAGCUUCAACAUCUCACCACACAAAAAAUGCCACCUAAAGAGCGCUUGCAGCAGUUAGAAGCCCUAGAACAACACCUGGGCUCCCAAAGUACUGUUCUCGAAUCUGCAGAUAAACUCGGUCUCGAGAUUAUGAAGAAAGUCAAGAAGAACGAGGUCGGUAAAUACCAAGAAAUGAUCGACGAGUACCAGACUUUAUGGAAGGACAUCCAAAUGAGAAUUAUCACUUUACGUAACGACCUGAAGAAAGAAAUCAAACAAAAGAAACAACCAAAAGAAGUCGAUGAAGGUGUUCAAGUGGAAACUUUGAAAUUCGAGCAAGACACAGCAGUACAAGUUGAUACUCUACCUCCGCUACAAAGAAUGACUUCGAUCAGUGCAAAAGACGCAUACUUAAUGGAACUCACCAGUGCAAUAAACGAAUGUCGUACUAACAUAGACGAACUUGAAGUUUUACUAGCUAAGGAAAUUCCUCAACAAGGAUCAUCCGAAUUACCAACAAGUGCCAAAAAAAUCGCCCGAGUUUCGGCGACGUGUCAAUCGAACGUCGAGUUAGUAAAACAUCUACACGACGUUCUUGUUAAUGAAUGUGAUGCAACUGAAGAAGAAGCUCUCAGUGAAGAAGUUUACCUUUUGAUUAGACGUUUCGAAACUCUUCUAGCCACCGCCAAGGAAAAGGAACAGAAAAUAAGAGAACUGAGGUCUGCCAUUUCUGACGCUUAUAAACUAUCUUGUCAACAUGAGGCGGGACGACUCCUUUGUCCCCUGUGUACUAAACGCAACUGGGCCCAAUUAGACAACGACCUCUGGAGACUGGAGAAAUGGCUACAAGUAGCCGAAGGUACCCAAAAGAGUCAGAGUUCUCCACCAUCCAACAUCGAACAACUAGAAGACGUGAUCCAAGACCAUCGAGAGUUCCUUUUGGAUUUGGACAGCCACAAGAGCAUCGUUAGGUCUCUGAACAUCGUCGGAACCCACCUAGCGGAUCAUACAGAAGACGUAGAACGCGCUCAGCAAUUAAGAGCAAGGCUGGAAACGGACAACAAGAGGUGGGACACCGUGUGCAAGAAUGCCACCACUUGGGAAAACCUUCUGCAGAGGGCUCUCAUGGAUAACCAACAAUUCCAUGCCAUCAUCACAGAGCUGUGUGUUUGGUUGGAGAAAACAGAGCAGAAGAUUCGAGCUUCCGAGCCGGUCGAGUUGACAGCCGAUAGAGAUAUCAUCGAAGCGAAGUUCCAGAACUUCCGAGAGUUGCGUGCCGAGUUAGAGCGGUGCGAGCCGAGAGUGAUGAGCUUGCAAGAAGCUGCCAAUCAGCUUCUGAGGCACGAGGAAGCGCCCGAAGGGUCCAGUUUGAUCUGUACCCGACUGACCGAGUUGCGUCUGAAGUUGCAAAGUUUGAUACGUCUCACGGGCGUUUAUAUUGUGAAGUUGGGGGCCGUGCUUGGAAGAGAUCCGAACGAAAUAGGUGCCGCUGUCGUCGCUUCUAAUACUGUAAGCGCACCUCUCCACUAUGACCUUCUGGACCAACCGAGCCAGGACCAUCCAUCUACCUCUGCACACGACGAUUCUGCUCACAAUGGUGGUUCUUCAGAUGAUUUGGAAAUAAACACGUCAGUCCUUCGAAGAGGUUGUCGUUUCUUAGGUAGAGUUGUACGAGCUUCUUUACCGAUCCAAGCCUUAAUGCUGCUCAUGUUGGGAGCGGCAUCUCUAGUCCCAUAUUCAGAAGACGAUUAUUCAUGUUCGCUAGUCAACAGUAUUGCCAACAGCCUAACUCCUACAUUGCGAUACAAUGACGGACCGCCUCCCGUGUAAUCUGAUAAUACUCCUCCCACCUUAUUUUGUAGUCUCGUAAAAAUUCAUUCCAAUUUAGUAAUUUUAGUUGUUUAUGUUUUGUACGAUUUUUUUGUAAAUACAUGCGACUUAAUUGUACUGGCAGCUGAUACGUUUUAAAAUAUACGACGAGCCAUCAAAUGGCCAAAAUCUAUAUGGAAAACAUAACCUAGUGUAGUUUUUAUAUUCAUUACGCAAGAGAGAAUCACUUUUAUCUGUAUAUUGGGGAAGACGCACAAUAUAUAUAUUUUAUAUUGUUGUUUUAUAAAUUUUAUGUGAUGGUUGUGUAAGAAAUUAAAGAUUGGGAACCAAAGGAGUGGAACACUUUGGUUUUCAAGGCGAUUUAAUUUUUUUCUGUGAUGUCACCUCGAUUUACGUUACGCAAACGUAAACUUCUCUCUCCAUUGUUUGCGUUUGUGGCAACUUUUCUCUCCAAAGUUGCGCGUAAACUAAACUUCUCCCGGUUUAUUUUACCCACGUCGAAAUCGAGGUGAGCAAAUUUGAUAAUGCCUUAAAUUUUUUUAUUAUAUUGUUGCUUUUAUGCGUUAUUUUGUUUUAUCGGUCAUGGUGCUAUCAACUUAUUUUAACAUGUAGAAGAGUCAAAAAUUCCAUUUUUGCUUUUGACCAUCGCUUCGGAUGUAAAAUGUGUUUAGGAAACAUUAUUAAACGAAAAAAAUAGGAUUGUUUUCGCUAUACUUUAAUAUUGAUUAUAGUAUUUUAUUUCGCAACUUACUAUACGAAUACGCUGUUUUCAUUUAUAAAUAAAUAUAUCAUUUCAAAAAUUAA